AUGGUUCUGUACAGUAACUCGGCCUCAGUGAAAGCUCGAUUUGGCCAGUAUACGGACCCGAAGGAGUUCGAUGGAGCUGUAGACAGUCUGCCUUACGAGAGAGGAUUGACACGAAUCGACAAAGCACUGGAGCUAACAGCCAGUGAUAUCUUCGCUCAAAGUAGGUCGGGCGUGCCCAAGAUUGCAAUGCUGAUAACAGACGGUACCCAAACCGCAGCAGCCGACGCCAAAGGCCUAAAAGAGGCUUCCGAACCAUUGAGACAGGCAGGUGUUCGUGUUCUAGCCGUAGGUGUUGGCAAGGGUGUGGACAGAGAAGAACUUCGACUGGUCACGGAGAGUGACGAGGAUGUUGUGGUGGCGGCUGACUUCGAAGACCUGCUGUUGAAACUCAGCAACCUGACCAGCCAGGCUUGCCGACUUGCAGGUAAGCAUCAUCAGAAAUCUGUUCGUAGCACUUGUGGCCUCAGGGCUGCUGGGGCUUGAUAGGCAGGGCAAAUGAAUAUCAAUUGAAGGAUCGUAAGCAGCUUUUGUCCUUAUCAGCCGGGUGUUCUUUUUGUGUGUGUUUGUUGCCGUCUCGUCGUCGUCGUCGUUGUUCUUGUUCUUGUUCUUUCUUCUUGUUCUUGUUGUUGUUCUUGUUCUUGUUCUUGUUCUUGUUCUUGUUCUUGUUCUUGUUCUUGUUCUUGUUCUUGUUCUUGUUCUUGUUCUUGUUCUUGUUCUUGUUCUUGUUCUUGUUCUUGUUCUUGUUCUUGUUCUUGUUGUUGCUGUAGCUUUGGUCUUUGUAUUGCUUAUUUCUUCCCGUUUGCUUUGGCCUUUUUGUUUUUGCCUUUAAUUAUUUUAUUUUCUUUUAUUAUUAUCAUUUUUUUUUUUUUUUAUCUUUUCCCCUUUUUGCUUUUCUUUCCUUUUAAUUGGUCUUUCCAUUAAUGUUCAAAAAACAAAAACAAAAGCAGAAAAACCAACAAAAAAAAAAAUACUUACUAUCAAAACCUGUUGGAGGUCGAGCGCUCGAUGGAAGUGAACAUCCGGGACUUCUCGUAAGAUAAUGACCAAAAUACGAAACGGAACGUACAAGUUUGUCACCUUAUUUUCAGAGUUUCCUUUCGUUGCGUGCAAAUCGCAUCAAUUUGAACUUUGCACAAUACUAGUCGCUCUCUCCAAAUGGGUCUCUUACAAUCGAUGCCCUCCUAGCCUCCCAAUUUGACAGAUUGUUUUCACCUGAAGCCUGAGCUCGACAAAGGCAAUUCACAAUUGAAUGGGAUUUUCUCCUAGCAAGCCGGGCGGCCGUUUCACAUGUUUUUCAAUGGCCACAACUAGUCUGACAUGUUGCCUUUCUUUCUCCUUAGCACCACCGCCGUGUAGCACUCCCGUGGAUCUGGCAUUUAUCAUCGAUUCUUCGGGCAGCAUUGGCCGCACAAACUACAAGAAACAGAAGAACUUUGUCAAGGAAGUGGCGAAGACUUUUGGCCUAUCUCCAAACGGCAGCCGAGCGGCCAUGGUUCUGUACAGUAACUCGGCCUCAGUGAAAGCUCGAUUUGGCCAGUAUACGGACCCGAAGGAGUUCGAUGGAGCUGUAGACAGUCUGCCUUACGAGAGAGGAUUGACACGAAUCGACAAAGCACUGGAGCUAACAGCCAGUGAUAUCUUCGCUCAAAGUAGGUCGGGCGUGCCCAAGAUUGCAAUGCUGAUAACAGACGGUACCCAAACCGCAGCAGCCGACGCCAAAGGCCUAAAAGAGGCUUCCGAACCAUUGAGACAGGCAGGUGUUCGUGUUCUAGCCGUAGGUGUUGGCAAGGGUGUGGACAGAGAAGAACUUCGACUGGUCACGGAGAGUGACGAGGAUGUUGUGGUGGCGGCUGACUUCGAAGACCUGCUGUUGAAACUCAGCAACCUGACCAGCCAGGCUUGCCGACUUGCAGGUAAGCAUCAUCAGAAAUCUGUUCGUAGCACUUGUGGCCUCAGGGCUGCUGGGGCUUGAUAGGCAGGGCAAAUGAAUAUCAAUUGAAGGAUCGUAAGCAGCUUUUGUCCUUAUCAGCCGGGUGUUCUUUUUGUGUGUGUUUGUUGCCGUCUCGUCGUCGUCGUCGUUGUUCUUGUUCUUGUUCUUGUUCUUGUUCUUGUUCUUGUUCUUGUUCUUGUUCUUGUUCUUGUUCUUGUUCUUGUUCUUGUUCUUGUUCUUGUUCUUGUUCUUGUUCUUGUUCUUGUUCUUGUUCUUGUUCUUGUUCUUGUUCUUGUUCUUGUUCUUGUUCUUGUUGUUGCUGUAGCUUUGGUCUUUGUAUUGCUUAUUUCUUCCCGUUUGCUUUGGCCUUUUUGUUUUUUGCCUUUAAUUAUUUUAUUUUAUUUUAUUAUUAUCAUUUUUUUUUUUUUUAUCUUUUCCCCUUUUUGCUUUUUCUUUCCUUUUAAUUGGUCUUUCCAUUAAUGUUCAAAAAAAAAAAAACAAAAAGCAGAAAAAACCAACAAAAAAAAAAUACUUACUAUCAAAACCUGUUGGAGGUCGAGCGCUCGAUGGAAGUGAACAUCCGGGACUUCUCGUAAGAUAAUGACCAAAAUACGAAACGGAACGUACAAGUUUGUCACCUUAUUUUCAGAGUUUCCUUUCGUUGCGUGCAAAUCGCAUCAAUUUGAACUUUGCACAAUACUAGUCGCUCUCUCCAAAAUGGGUCUCUUACAAUCGAUGCCCUCCUAGCCUCCCAAUUUGACAGAUUGUUUUCACCUGAAGCCUGAGCUCGACAAAGGCAAUUCACAAUUGAAUGGGAUUUUCUCCUAGCAAGCCGGGCGGCCGUUUCACAUGUUUUUCAAUGGCCACAACUAGUCUGACAUGUUGCCUUUCUUUCUCCUUAGCACCACCGCCGUGUAGCACUCCCGUGGAUCUGGCAUUUAUCAUCGAUUCUUCGGGCAGCAUUGGCCGCACAAACUACAAGAAACAGAAGAACUUUGUCAAGGAAGUGGCGAAGACUUUUGGCCUAUCUCCAAACGGCAGCCGAGCGGCCAUGGUUCUGUACAGUAACUCGGCCUCAGUGAAAGCUCGAUUUGGCCAGUAUACGGACCCGAAGGAGUUCGAUGGAGCUGUAGACAGUCUGCCUUACGAGAGAGGAUUGACACGAAUCGACAAAGCACUGGAGCUAACAGCCAGUGAUAUCUUCGCUCAAAGUAGGUCGGGCGUGCCCAAGAUUGCAAUGCUGAUAACAGACGGUACCCAAACCGCAGCAGCCGACGCCAAAGGCCUAAAAGAGGCUUCCGAACCAUUGAGACAGGCAGGUGUUCGUGUUCUAGCCGUAGGUGUUGGCAAGGGUGUGGACAGAGAAGAACUUCGACUGGUCACGGAGAGUGACGAGGAUGUUGUGGUGGCGGCUGACUUCGAAGACCUGCUGUUGAAACUCAGCAACCUGACCAGCCAGGCUUGCCGACUUGCAGGUAAGCAUCAUCAGAAAUCUGUUCGUAGCACUUGUGGCCUCAGGGCUGCUGGGGCUUGAUAGGCAGGGCAAAUGAAUAUCAAUUGAAGGAUCGUAAGCAGCUUUUGUCCUUAUCAGCCGGGUGUUCUUUUUGUGUGUGUUUGUUGCCGUCUCGUCGUCGUCGUCGUUGUUCUUGUUCUUGUUCUUGUUCUUGUUCUUGUUCUUGUUCUUGUUCUUGUUCUUGUUCUUGUUCUUGUUCUUGUUCUUGUUCUUGUUCUUGUUCUUGUUCUUGUUCUUGUUCUUGUUCUUGUUCUUGUUCUUGUUCUUGUUCUUGUUGUUGCUGUAGCUUUGGUCUUUGUAUUGCUUAUUUCUUCCCGUUUGCUUUGGCCUUUUUGUUUUUGCCUUUAAUUAUUUUAUUUUAUUUUAUUAUUAUCAUUUUUUUUUUUUUAUCUUUUCCCCUUUUUUGCUUUUCUUUCCUUUUAAUUGGUCUUUCCAUUAAUGUUCAAAAAAAAAAAAACAAAAGCAGAAAAACCAACAAAAAAAAAAAUACUUACUAUCAAAACCUGUUGGAGGUCGAGCGCUCGAUGGAAGUGAACAUCCGGGACUUCUCGUAAGAUAAUGACCAAAAUACGAAACGGAACGUACAAGUUUGUCACCUUAUUUUCAGAGUUUCCUUUCGUUGCGUGCAAAUCGCAUCAAUUUGAACUUUGCACAAUACUAGUCGCUCUCUCCAAAUGGGUCUCUUACAAUCGAUGCCCUCCUAGCCUCCCAAUUUGACAGAUUGUUUUCACCUGAAGCCUGAGCUCGACAAAGGCAAUUCACAAUUGAAUGGGAUUUUCUCCUAGCAAGCCGGGCGGCCGUUUCACAUGUUUUUCAAUGGCCACAACUAGUCUGACAUGUUGCCUUUCUUUCUCCUUAGCACCACCGCCGUGUAGCACUCCCGUGGAUCUGGCAUUUAUCAUCGAUUCUUCGGGCAGCAUUGGCCGCACAAACUACAAGAAACAGAAGAACUUUGUCAAGGAAGUGGCGAAGACUUUUGGCCUAUCUCCAAACGGCAGCCGAGCGGCCAUGGUUCUGUACAGUAACUCGGCCUCAGUGAAAGCUCGAUUUGGCCAGUAUACGGACCCGAAGGAGUUCGAUGGAGCUGUAGACAGUCUGCCUUACGAGAGAGGAUUGACACGAAUCGACAAAGCACUGGAGCUAACAGCCAGUGAUAUCUUCGCUCAAAGUAGGUCGGGCGUGCCCAAGAUUGCAAUGCUGAUAACAGACGGUACCCAAACCGCAGCAGCCGACGCCAAAGGCCUAAAAGAGGCUUCCGAACCAUUGAGACAGGCAGGUGUUCGUGUUCUAGCCGUAGGUGUUGGCAAGGGUGUGGACAGAGAAGAACUUCGACUGGUCACGGAGAGUGACGAGGAUGUUGUGGUGGCGGCUGACUUCGAAGACCUGCUGUUGAAACUCAGCAACCUGACCAGCCAGGCUUGCCGACUUGCAGGUAAGCAUCAUCAGAAAUCUGUUCGUAGCACUUGUGGCCUCAGGGCUGCUGGGGCUUGAUAGGCAGGGCAAAUGAAUAUCAAUUGAAGGAUCGUAAGCAGCUUUUGUCCUUAUCAGCCGGGUGUUCUUUUUUGUGUGUGUUUGUUGCCGUCUCGUCGUCGUCGUCGUUGUUCUUGUUCUUGUUCUUGUUCUUGUUCUUGUUCUUGUUCUUGUUCUUGUUCUUGUUCUUGUUCUUGUUCUUGUUCUUGUUCUUGUUCUUGUUCUUGUUCUUGUUCUUGUUCUUGUUCUUGUUCUUGUUCUUGUUCUUGUUCUUGUUCUUGUUCUUGUUGUUGCUGUAGCUUUGGUCUUUGUAUUGCUUAUUUCUUCCCGUUUGCUUUGGCCUUUUUGUUUUUUGCCUUUAAUUAUUUUAUUUUAUUUUAUUAUUAUCAUUUUUUUUUUUUUUUUUAUCUUUUCCCCUUUUUGCUUUUCUUUCCUUUUAAUUGGUCUUUCCAUUAAUGUUCAAAAAAAAAAAAACAAAAGCAGAAAAACCAACAAAAAAAAAAUACUUACUAUCAAAACCUGUUGGAGGUCGAGCGCUCGAUGGAAGUGAACAUCCGGGACUUCUCGUAAGAUAAUGACCAAAAUACGAAACGGAACGUACAAGUUUGUCACCUUAUUUUCAGAGUUUCCUUUCGUUGCGUGCAAAUCGCAUCAAUUUGAACUUUGCACAAUACUAGUCGCUCUCUCCAAAUGGGUCUCUUACAAUCGAUGCCCUCCUAGCCUCCCAAUUUGACAGAUUGUUUUCACCUGAAGCCUGAGCUCGACAAAGGCAAUUCACAAUUGAAUGGGAUUUUCUCCUAGCAAGCCGGGCGGCCGUUUCACAUGUUUUUCAAUGGCCACAACUAGUCUGACAUGUUGCCUUUCUUUCUCCUUAGCACCACCGCCGUGUAGCACUCCCGUGGAUCUGGCAUUUAUCAUCGAUUCUUCGGGCAGCAUUGGCCGCACAAACUACAAGAAACAGAAGAACUUUGUCAAGGAAGUGGCGAAGACUUUUGGCCUAUCUCCAAACGGCAGCCGAGCGGCCAUGGUUCUGUACAGUAACUCGGCCUCAGUGAAAGCUCGAUUUGGCCAGUAUACGGACCCGAAGGAGUUCGAUGGAGCUGUAGACAGUCUGCCUUACGAGAGAGGAUUGACACGAAUCGACAAAGCACUGGAGCUAACAGCCAGUGAUAUCUUCGCUCAAAGUAGGUCGGGCGUGCCCAAGAUUGCAAUGCUGAUAACAGACGGUACCCAAACCGCAGCAGCCGACGCCAAAGGCCUAAAAGAGGCUUCCGAACCAUUGAGACAGGCAGGUGUUCGUGUUCUAGCCGUAGGUGUUGGCAAGGGUGUGGACAGAGAAGAACUUCGACUGGUCACGGAGAGUGACGAGGAUGUUGUGGUGGCGGCUGACUUCGAAGACCUGCUGUUGAAACUCAGCAACCUGACCAGCCAGGCUUGCCGACUUGCAGGUAAGCAUCAUCAGAAAUCUGUUCGUAGCACUUGUGGCCUCAGGGCUGCUGGGGCUUGAUAGGCAGGGCAAAUGAAUAUCAAUUGAAGGAUCGUAAGCAGCUUUUGUCCUUAUCAGCCGGGUGUUCUUUUUGUGUGUGUUUGUUGCCGUCUCGUCGUCGUCGUCGUUGUUCUUGUUCUUGUUCUUGUUCUUGUUCUUGUUCUUGUUCUUGUUCUUUCUUGUUCUUGUUCUUGUUCUUGUUCUUGUUCUUGUUCUUGUUCUUGUUCUUGUUCUUGUUCUUGUUCUUGUUCUUGUUCUUGUUCUUGUUCUUGUUCUUGUUCUUGUUCUUUGUUGUUGUAGUAGCUUUGGUCUUUGUAUUGCUUAUUUCUUCCCGUUUGCUUUGGCCUUUUUGUUUUUGCCUUUAAUUAUUUUAUUUUAUUUUAUUAUUAUCAUUUUUUUUUUUUUUUUUAUUUUUCCCCUUUUUUUUUUUUUUCCUUUUAAUUGGUCUUUCCAUUAAUGUUCAAAAAAAAAAAAAACAAAAGCAGAAAAACCAACAAAAAAAAUACUUACUAUCAAAAAACUGUUGGAGGUCGAGCGCUCGAUGGAAGUGAACAUCCGGGACUUCUCGUAAGAUAAUGACCAAAAUACGAAACGGAACGUACAAGUUUGUCACCUUAUUUUCAGAGUUUCCUUUCGUUGCGUGCAAAUCGCAUCAAUUUGAACUUUGCACAAUACUAGUCGCUCUCUCCAAAUGGGUCUCUUACAAUCGAUGCCCUCCUAGCCUCCCAAUUUGACAGAUUGUUUUCACCUGAAGCCUGAGCUCGACAAAGGCAAUUCACAAUUGAAUGGGAUUUUCUCCUAGCAAGCCGGGCGGCCGUUUCACAUGUUUUUCAAUGGCCACAACUAGUCUGACAUGUUGCCUUUCUUUCUCCUUAGCACCACCGCCGUGUAGCACUCCCGUGGAUCUGGCAUUUAUCAUCGAUUCUUCGGGCAGCAUUGGCCGCACAAACUACAAGAAACAGAAGAACUUUGUCAAGGAAGUGGCGAAGACUUUUGGCCUAUCUCCAAACGGCAGCCGAGCGGCCAUGGUUCUGUACAGUAACUCGGCCUCAGUGAAAGCUCGAUUUGGCCAGUAUACGGACCCGAAGGAGUUCGAUGGAGCUGUAGACAGUCUGCCUUACGAGAGAGGAUUGACACGAAUCGACAAAGCACUGGAGCUAACAGCCAGUGAUAUCUUCGCUCAAAGUAGGUCGGGCGUGCCCAAGAUUGCAAUGCUGAUAACAGACGGUACCCAAACCGCAGCAGCCGACGCCAAAGGCCUAAAAGAGGCUUCCGAACCAUUGAGACAGGCAGGUGUUCGUGUUCUAGCCGUAGGUGUUGGCAAGGGUGUGGACAGAGAAGAACUUCGACUGGUCACGGAGAGUGACGAGGAUGUUGUGGUGGCGGCUGACUUCGAAGACCUGCUGUUGAAACUCAGCAACCUGACCAGCCAGGCUUGCCGACUUGCAGGUAAGCAUCAUCAGAAAUCUGUUCGUAGCACUUGUGGCCUCAGGGCUGCUGGGGCUUGAUAGGCAGGGCAAAUGAAUAUCAAUUGAAGGAUCGUAAGCAGCUUUUGUCCUUAUCAGCCGGGUGUUCUUUUUGUGUUUUUGUUGCCGUCUCGUCGUCGUCGUCGUUGUUCUUGUUCUUGUUCUUGUUCUUGUUCUUGUUCUUGUUCUUGUUCUUGUUCUUGUUCUUUCUUUCUUGUUCUUGUUCUUGUUCUUGUUCUUGUUCUUGUUCUUGUUCUUGUUCUUGUUCUUGUUCUUGUUCUUGUUCUUGUUCUUGUUCUUGUUGUUGCUGUAGCUUUGGUCUUUGUAUUGCUUAUUUCUUCCCGUUUGCUUUGGCCUUUUUGUUUUUGCCUUUAAUUAUUUUAUUUUAUUUUAUUAUUAUCAUUUUUUUUUAUUUUUUAUCUUUUCCCCUUUUUUUUUUCUUUCCUUUUAAUUGGUCUUUCCAUUAAUGUUCAAAAAAAAAAAAAAACAAAAGCAGAAAAACCAACAAAAAAAAAAAUACUUACUAUCAAAACCUGUUGGAGGUCGAGCGCUCGAUGGAAGUGAACAUCCGGGACUUCUCGUAAGAUAAUGACCAAAAUACGAAACGGAACGUACAAGUUUGUCACCUUAUUUUCAGAGUUUCCUUUCGUUGCGUGCAAAUCGCAUCAAUUUGAACUUUGCACAAUACUAGUCGCUCUCUCCAAAUGGGUCUCUUACAAUCGAUGCCCUCCUAGCCUCCCAAUUUGACAGAUUGUUUUCACCUGAAGCCUGAGCUCGACAAAGGCAAUUCACAAUUGAAUGGGAUUUUCUCCUAGCAAGCCGGGCGGCCGUUUCACAUGUUUUUCAAUGGCCACAACUAGUCUGACAUGUUGCCUUUCUUUCUCCUUAGCACCACCGCCGUGUAGCACUCCCGUGGAUCUGGCAUUUAUCAUCGAUUCUUCGGGCAGCAUUGGCCGCACAAACUACAAGAAACAGAAGAACUUUGUCAAGGAAGUGGCGAAGACUUUUGGCCUAUCUCCAAACGGCAGCCGAGCGGCCAUGGUUCUGUACAGUAACUCGGCCUCAGUGAAAGCUCGAUUUGGCCAGUAUACGGACCCGAAGGAGUUCGAUGGAGCUGUAGACAGUCUGCCUUACGAGAGAGGAUUGACACGAAUCGACAAAGCACUGGAGCUAACAGCCAGUGAUAUCUUCGCUCAAAGUAGGUCGGCGUGCCCAAGAUUGCAAUGCUGAUAACAGACGGUACCCAAACCGCAGCAGCCGACGCCAAAGGCCUAAAAGAGGCUUCCGAACCAUUGAGACAGGCAGGUGUUCGUGUUCUAGCCGUAGGUGUUGGCAAGGGUGUGGACAGAGAAGAACUUCGACUGGUCACGGAGAGUGACGAGGAUGUUGUGGUGGCGGCUGACUUCGAAGACCUGCUGUUGAAACUCAGCAACCUGACCAGCCAGGCUUGCCGACUUGCAGGUAAGCAUCAUCAGAAAUCUGUUCGUAGCACUUGUGGCCUCAGGGCUGCUGGGGCUUGAUAGGCAGGGCAAAUGAAUAUCAAUUGAAGGAUCGUAAGCAGCUUUUGUCCUUAUCAGCCGGGUGUUCUUUUUGUGUGUGUUUGUUGCCGUCUCGUCGUCGUCGUCGUCGUCGUUCUUGUUCUUGUUCUUGUUCUUGUUCUUGUUCUUGUUCUUGUUCUUGUUCUUGUUCUUGUUCUUGUUCUUGUUCUUGUUCUUGUUCUUGUUCUUGUUCUUGUUCUUGUUCUUGUUCUUGUUCUUGUUCUUGUUCUUGUUCUUGUUCUUGUUCUUGUUGUUGUGUAGCUUUGGUCUUUUUGUAUUGCUUAUUUCUUCCCGUUUGCUUUGGCCUUUUUGUUUUUUUUUGCUUUAAUUAUUUUAUUUUAUUUUAUUAUUAUCAUUUUUUUUUUUUUUUAUCUUUUCCCCUUUUUGCUUUUCUUUCCUUUUAAUUGGUCUUUCCAUUAAUGUUCAAAAAAAAAAAAAAAAAGCAGAAAAACCAACAAAAAAAAUACUUACUAUCAAAACCUGUUGGAGGUCGAGCGCUCGAUGGAAGUGAACAUCCGGGACUUCUCGUAAGAUAAUGACCAAAAUACGAAACGGAACGUACAAGUUUGUCACCUUAUUUUCAGAGUUUCCUUUCGUUGCGUGCAAAUCGCAUCAAUUUGAACUUUGCACAAUACUAGUCGCUCUCUCCAAAUGGGUCUCUUACAAUCGAUGCCCUCCUAGCCUCCCAAUUUGACAGAUUGUUUUCACCUGAAGCCUGAGCUCGACAAAGGCAAUUCACAAUUGAAUGGGAUUUUCUCCUAGCAAGCCGGGCGGCCGUUUCACAUGUUUUUCAAUGGCCACAACUAGUCUGACAUGUUGCCUUUCUUUCUCCUUAGCACCACCGCCGUGUAGCACUCCCGUGGAUCUGGCAUUUAUCAUCGAUUCUUCGGGCAGCAUUGGCCGCACAAACUACAAGAAACAGAAGAACUUUGUCAAGGAAGUGGCGAAGACUUUUGGCCUAUCUCCAAACGGCAGCCGAGCGGCCAUGGUUCUGUACAGUAACUCGGCCUCAGUGAAAGCUCGAUUUGGCCAGUAUACGGACCCGAAGGAGUUCGAUGGAGCUGUAGACAGUCUGCCUUACGAGAGAGGAUUGACACGAAUCGACAAAGCACUGGAGCUAACAGCCAGUGAUAUCUUCGCUCAAAGUAGGUCGGGCGUGCCCAAGAUUGCAAUGCUGAUAACAGACGGUACCCAAACCGCAGCAGCCGACGCCAAAGGCCUAAAAAGAGGCUUCCGAACCAUUGAGACAGGCAGGUGUUCGUGUUCUAGCCGUAGGUGUUGGCAAGGGUGUGGACAGAGAAGAACUUCGACUGGUCACGGAGAGUGACGAGGAUGUUGUGGUGGCGGCUGACUUCGAAGACCUGCUGUUGAAACUCAGCAACCUGACCAGCCAGGCUUGCCGACUUGCAGGUAAGCAUCAUCAGAAAUCUGUUCGUAGCACUUGUGGCCUCAGGGCUGCUGGGGCUUGAUAGGCAGGGCAAAUGAAUAUCAAUUGAAGGAUCGUAAGCAGCUUUUGUCCUUAUCAGCCGGGUGUUCUUUUUUUGUGUGUGUUUGUUGCCGUCUCGUCGUCGUCGUCGUUGUUCUUGUUCUUGUUCUUGUUCUUCUUGUUGCUCUUGUUCUUGUUCUUGUUGUUGUUCUUGUUGUUGUUCUUGUUCUUGUUCUUGUUCUUGUUCUUUUCUUGUUCUUGUUCUUGUUCUUGUUCCUUGUUCUUCUUGUUCUUGUUCUUGUUCUUGUUCUUGUUCUUGUUCUUGUUCUUGUUCUUUUCUUGUUCUUGUUCUUGUUCUUGUUGUUGCUUUUUGGUCUUUGUAUUGCUUAUUUCUUCCCGUUUGCUUUUUUAAUUAUUUUAUUUUAUUUUAUUAUUAUCAUUUUUUUAUUUUUUAUCUUUUCCCCCUUUUUGCUUUUCUUUCCUUUUAAUUGGUCUUUCCAUUAAUGUUCAAAAAAACAAAAAACAAAAGCAGAAAAACCAACAAAAAAAAAUACUUACUAUCAAAACCUGUUGGAGGUCGGUUAGAUAUUUUCAAGUUCCAUAGCAUUAUAGGUAAAGGUUAUUUUUAAUUUGUACUACCAGACUUUAUAUAGUAUAUUUAUAGGGGGUGUUUAGUAAAAGCUUUUUAUUUGGGGUCUCGCACUGAUAUAAGAUAUUUUAUUGCUUUGUGUUUGGUUUGCUAGUAUUUGUUUUGAGUGCUAGACUGCUGGAAUUUAGAUUUCCGGGCUUUUAGAUUUUGAAUUUUCCUGGGUAAGUUUUUCCGUUGAACUCCUUUAAUGUAAUGUGACUUUUGCGGGAAGAAACGCCUUUUUUAAUGCAGGCAGCCGUCUAUAGAAUGUUACUAUGGAAACUUCAAGAAUUUUUUAUUUCCGAGUCAUUUUAUUGGUUCAUUAGUCUUAUUACGUGAUACUCUCUACCUUAGAUAGUGUUUUCACAGUUGUGUUGGGUCUGAAUUCUUUAAAGCUGCAUUUUUCGCUGGAUUUGUGCUUUUGUGAUAAGUAUACACAUAAGGCUUAGAUUAUUUAACUUCAUUGCGUAUCUAGUCGUUGUCAAAUAGAGAAUAAUACAUGGGCGCGCGUGGAUAUGGAGUUUCUCUUCGAGUGUUUAACUCGAUGGUGAGAUGUCGAUUUGAAUAGGAGAAGAGAAAUUUCAUAUCUAAAAGCGACCAUGUAUUAUUUUGUUUAUCACAUAAACACAAUAGCCCUUUACUUACAAGAAAAUAUCUUUUUUUUUCACGUGUAUUGUUACGGUUUCUCUCGGGGCUGGAAAUCCUUGUAAAACACCGUAGUUUAUAUGAUAAAUAUACAAUAUAUUUUGGCUGUAAUCAUCAAAUUUGUUUCUUUGCCAGCGAAACGGAGGUCGUCUUGUUUGAUUCCCAUGGAUAUUGCUUUCCUGUUGGAUUCUUCAGAUGCCGCUGGAAAGGCUGGUUUUCAGAGGGAGAAGGAGUUUUUCAAACUUAUGUCAAGUGCUCUAUCAUUGUCUCUCAGUGGUACUCGUGUAGGUGUAAUUUCUUACAGUGCACAGGCAAACCUCGCAGUGGCUCUUCAGGAAAAUACCACCGCCCAAAAUUUGCGAUCUGCCAUCGAUGCGCUUCAAUUUGUGGGAGGAACUCCCAGAAUUGAGAAGGCACUUGAAUCUGUCCUUACUGACUUGUUUACCUUCGAUAGGGGGACCAGGUCUGGAAUCCCAAAGGUAGCCGUUCUUUUGACGAAGGUAUCAGACUCAAUCAUUUUGCAGUAUGACACUCUCAGGAGGGCAGCCGCACCAUUAAAAACAGAAGGUGUGGAAUUAAUUGCCGUAGGUGUAGGCCGAGACGGCGAUCUUCAAGAUUUGCGUGUAUUAGUUGGCAGCGAGGAAUAUGUUUUAGGAACAGAGUCCUUUGAUAGCCUUUCUGAAUUGGUAGAAGACGUUACGCUUCUUGCAUGUAAAGCUGCAGGUGAGAGAACUUUACUUUGCAUAAUACAUUAAAUUUUACAUAGAGUUACAGCAGCGUUCACGUGGCAAGUUUUAUGGGAAAUUUCCAUAUUUGGAAGACGGAAAAAGGCUGGUAACUUGACAGGAUACUCGUCAAUGAAUUUAAAUGAUUUUGGGAUAUACAUACACCAGUAAGUUUUCCAAGGCAAGUGUAUUUCACUCGCUAUCUUUACUAAUUUUUAAGUUGAAACCCUAUUUCGUAAUAUGCGCUCUUGCAGAAACAUUUGCUGGUGUAAAUGUUGCUUGUAAAUACUUGACUUCAGUGAGAUGUCGAAAUGUAAGUUUAUUGUGCCCUUUUCCGGCGAAAUUUUACCAUUUUUAUGAUCGUUUUAGACGCGGGGGCAGUUUCUAAAGGAACACUUUUCUACGCUAUUUUCGAUAGUCACAUAAUAAUUAAGUUUGAUGCGCUUCAUUAAAACAAUGAUCCGCAUUGACUGACGCGAAUGUAUCAAUGGCUCACGACGCAUGCAGGAUUUCCAUCAUAAAUAUAUUUCCUCCUUCUUUAAACUACCAUUUUAACCUAACGUGACGUUUUAUUUGUGUUGUCUGCUUCAUUACGGAACGAGCUACGAUUUAGCUUUAUCGGCAUUUGGAGAGAGAAAUUAUUUUUAGAGUUUCUGUUCCUGCUGCUGUCGUUGUUUCUUCAAGGAUCUAUGUAUGUCAGCUUUAACGACGUCCGAGUCAUGCUUCAACGUCCUUUAUGGCUGUAGAAUAAAGUCCAAGAUCUUAAAAUUGGACAAAGUUUGAACUUCCUACUCAGUCUAUAGUGAGCGAGCGCACACAUUCGCCCUAUGGUCAGUGAGUGUGCCUUUUCUGUUGUGCUUCUGUUCAGGAAUUAAUAGGUCACAGGAGAUGUCAGACUGUGUAAAGAACAAAACUGGGGUGAACAGUUUGCCAAAUGUAAACGUUUGCUGUGAUCUAUUACUGAAAAGACGCAUAUUAACAUGAAAGUUAUUACUUUUAUAUUAAAAAGAAAAAAUUAAAGAUGAGGUAAUCUGAGAUCGGUAGAUCGUAAGCAAGGACCAAUCAAAAUGCCUGUAUAAUUCAGCCUAUCAAUUAGUAACCUAUAAAUCACUCACGUCAAUUCCUCUUACAUGAGUAUUUGAUUAUGUUAAACAGUUAUGUUCGCUGUUGCAAAAAAGUGCUCUUUUAUUAAUCAAAUUUUGCGCCUCUACAUGUCUUCUAGAACCAAAACGGAUCAUUUAUCCUAUGGACGCUGCAAUCCUAGUUGACACGUCCGCUGGCAUUAGUGCCCUCAACUUCCAGAGGGAGAAAGCUUUUGUUAAGACUCUUAUAAGAAGUUUUACCAUUUCAAGGAACUUGAGUCGUGUAAGCCUGUUAUCUUACGGUAACAAAACAGAAGUCACCGUGAAUUUCUUUGACCAGCAAAACAGAGAAUUUCUCACACGAAAUGUCGAUUCUUUGCCCCUCUUGGGUGGGCCGUCGCAAAUAAAUCAAGCUCUAGAGGUCGCAGCUUCGCAGCUUUUCUCCCCUUCUGGUUCGUCUCGCGCCGCAGUGCCAAGGACUAUUGUGGUAGUAACGGAUGGUCGACAGGAUCUUACGGUGGGCUCCGGUGGUCUAAAUGAGACAAUAGCCCUGUUGAGGCAAAAUGGCGUUAAGAUUCUAGUGGUGGCUGUUGGCGGUGAAGACGUUGACGAGGAUGGAUUGGGCAGCCUUGUUGAAGAGGAAGAUCAUAUAUUUACCGCUGAAUCGUUUGAAACUUUGGCCGCUAAAUUGGAGAAAGUCAGCACUGUAGCCUCCGAAAUUGCAGGUUAAAUUAAAUGUCUUAAUUUACCCGAUAUUUCAUUCGCUAUAUUUCUUUUUUGAACACUAAGUUUUUGCGCCUAAGCGUGUACACUUCUUACCAUUGAUCCGAUGUAGAAAUCAACUUACAGAAUUCCUUUCAAUGCAAAACAGGUAACGGCAAGAUACUUUUAGCUAUUGUUUGCGACGAGAAACAAAACUACCUUAAACUUGACGGAAUGCACAAAUCGUUAUUUCGGUGAGAUAAAGAAAACGUCGGCAAAACAAAGAUAAAACCGAGUAGAAAACAAUAAAUACAGUGAGUGAUUUAUGAGUUUGAAAUAUUGCAAUCUCAAGAUACACAAACCUUCCUCAUUUUAGUCAUUUCAAUGAAGUGAGCAAAACUGAAAAAUCAUUUAUCACUGUACUUGUUACCACAGUUUCUUUUUCACAGUUGUGCGAUUGGGCUGCAAAAAGAACAAUCAAUAACUUGCGGAAUUAAUCCUUAAUAAAUAACAGUUACCGAUAUUUCAAGUCCUGUUUAUCAGCGACGUACAGAAUUACGCUAAGCUAAACUCUAGGAUAGGAAGAAUAAGCCAGAAAGGAGUAAAGGAAGAAAUUGACUCGGAUUGCAAAUAAAAAAUGCAAGCCAAAUUUGUUAAGAUUUGCACACUUGGACGUUGCUCCUUCGACAGAUUGUCCUCAGAACCAUGCGACGUAAGAAUUCGUUUUCCUUUGCCACAAGUUUGAGAAUGCCUUAAGAUGACAAAACGAAAAAAACAGUUAAGAAAACACAAUAAAAUAUUUCUGCUGUUGUCUUUCCCAGCACCUGACCGUUGUGGUAAAGUGACUGACAUCGCCUUUAUAAUGGACGCCUCGGACAGUGUUGACAGCCAGAGUUACCGCAUUCAAAAGGACUUUGUCAAAGCAAUCGCAAAGAGCUUCGGUUUGCAACCAGGGGCGAGCCGAGCAGGAGUCAUUCUUUCCGGCAAGAAACCAACAGUGAACAUUAAUUUUGAUGACUACUUGCAAACCGAAGACUUCAUAGAGGCGGUAGAUAGACUUCCUCACCCUCGCGGACAUGCUGGAAUAGACAAAGUCCUCGAUGUGGCUCUAACUCAGCUAUUGGUCAACAGAGGUGGUGCAAGACCUGGAUUGGGGAAGAUACUAGUGCUAUUAACAGCAAACACUCAAAAUCAAUCUCUAGAUACAAAGUUGCUGGAUAGUGUCACCAGAAGGCUCCAACAGUUGGGAGUGGCUUUGGUUGUUAUCGGUGUCGGUAAACAGGUGGAUGAGACACUGCUUCGUCCUUUGGUUACGAAAGGAGAGAAUCUUUUCCUAGAAAGAUCGUUUGAAAGUCUGAUGCUUAAAGCUCGACAAGUAGCACAAAUUACGUGCGACAACGCAGGUAUUUUUCAUUACCUCCGCUGAAACUUUCGAAGAGAGGCUUAAGUAGUCCGGACUGGUCCAUGUACCCAUAUUUCAAUUUCAAAACCAUUCUUCAAAGUCAGAACUGAAUAUCAAAUCACUUAAUAUUAACAAGAAUACAAAGAUUUCUUACAAGCACUAAAUGAACACCACUUAUGAGGCAAUGUUAAAGAGAAUUGUUUAUCCAGUUACCUUUUUAUCUAGCUAGGAGGAUACGCUAACCUCCCCCUCCCCCCCUCACCUUUGUCACUCCGACAGUUUGACUUUACUCGCCUGAGAUGUUUAUUAGUAUUCAAUUUUCUGAGGAGUUUUAGUUUGCUACAAGUUGCAUUGGUAAUAUAACUCGCCAUUUAAAAAGUGUGAACUCACGCGACAAUUUAAAAUGCUGUAAGUUCCUUUACAAUUUUCACACGAACAACACAUUUUAUGUGUUUAUUUGAGACUAGUUCGUUCUAUUCCUCGCCGCCUUUCACCGCAAAUUGAAUGAUAAAUUAAGAAAAAUUAUGUCUGCAAUAGGAAAUAUUUUUGGAAUAGAUCUAACAGCGAAAGGGAUGGAGGCAAGAUUUAAUACAUACAAUGUAUUAAUAUGAUUUUUUGAUAAAUAUGAUUUAUUUCCCUUCGUGUAGGAUACUCAAGAUGCAGAAAUCCAGUUGAUGUCGCUUUUCUGGUGGACUCUUCGGGUAGUCUUGGCGAGGAAGGUUUCCGCGAGCAAAAGGACUUCAUAAAAGUGAUUACGAACGCCCUCAAUGUAUCUCCCUCACACAGCAAGGCGGGUGUCAUCACUUACAGUGAUAGAGCUUCUGUGGCAAUAAAGUUUUCAGACUAUCAAUACCACGCGCAGUUGGUAAAUACCCUUGACGCGCUGCCAUAUCAAGGUAAAACCACACGGAUUGACAGGGCCAUUGUGAAGGCCUCUAAAGAACUCAUGACAGUGGAAGGAGGUAGAAGAAAGGAUAUACCUGGAGUUAUGGUUAUAAUGACCGACGGGAGGCAGACUCAGGACUUUGACGUCACGCCUUUAGAGCAAGCAGCUGCGGUCUCAGAGGAAAUGGGGGUAACAACUUUGGUGCUCGGAAUUGGGGAACUGGCCAACGUGAAUGAGCUCAGAAAAAUGACUGCACGAGAUGGCGACGUUUUCUUGGCUUCCUCUUCUCGAGCUUUGAACAGUUUUGCACAACCAGUUGCCACAAGAAUAUGUAAUGCUGCAGGUACCUUAAAUUGUUGCUUUACACGUUCUGUUCAUUUUGGGUACCUUCCCAGAUUAACAACUAUGAUUUUGGUCAUAAGUGGUUUCAAAUGCCAUACUGAGUCCAUCAGAUGAGCCAUAUUCAAGAUUAUUCCCUUAAUUUCAUAUGUCACUCCCAUUUCCAGAGAUGCUCCGAGAGUAUAGAAAGUCACGCGGACUUUCAAUUUCCAUAAGGUUAUCAAUUUCUUCCUGAAAAGAAAGCGUUUUGUAAGUUAACAGAAGAUAUUAUCUUUUCAGCACCAAAGACAUGUGAUGUUCCACUAGAUGUUGCCUUUUUGGUUGAGUCAUCUGAGAACAUUUCACCAAGAGACUAUAAAAGAAUUAAAGAUUUCAUCAAAGAGGCGGCCACCUACCUGUCAAGAAGCGACAACGAACAGCAAGUUGGUGUCAUUGUGUUCAAUACCGAGGCCAAGAUAUCCAUAAAGUUUGGACAAUAUUGGUCCGAAUACGAUUUUGAUCGUGCAAUUGAUGAUCUUCCUCUAAACACAGGACCAUCGCAAUUUGAUACAGCUCUUCGCGUUGCCACCAAAUUGUUCACUGCUAAAAAUGGAGCCAGACCCGGGGUUCAGAAAGUCGGCAUCGUAUUAACAAAUGGAAAGCAUCCUGCUGUAGAAGAACUGGAGGACCUGAAGGAUGCAGUAAGACCUCUUCAUCAAGCAGGGGUCCAUGUCAUACCCAUUGGAGUGACGUCGUCGGUGGAUUGGAAAAAAUUGCGUUCCUUAACUGUGGACGACAAGGAUGUUAUUGUGUCACAUUCUUGUGAUAGUUUAUCCAACAAGAUUAACUAUCUUUUCAGACGCAUUUGCUUCGAAGCUGGUAAGGAAAAAACUUUGUUUUAGAUAACUUGUACUGGCUAUAAAUGGUGUGCCUUCUUCGGCAUACAACAGUUAUCUGGGAGGAACUGGAUCUAUUCACUCUACUUAAAUUACAUCAAAACUUCGGUAGUCAAACCCUUUUUUUGAAAUCGAAUAUGAUCCAGUUGGUUCAAAUCGUAUUGGUAACCGUGUUCUUGGCCGAAUAUUUUUCUGGAUUUUACGAAAAGAACAUGUUUCACCUCUGGGCUUUUUAGUUAUAGGUGCCAAAGACAACUCGGCUUGUAAAUAAACAAAUUAAGGCUCUGGCUAUUCGUUGUUUUCAGUUUAUAAUGAAUUUCCUUUGAUUUUGAUCUCGAAGCUUACAAAAAAUGCGAUGGGGUAGCAGAUGUGAUAUUUGCGAUCCACUCCUCGGGGACACUCAGCCCUUCAGAAUACCGCAAAGAAAAAGAAUUGGUGAAAAGAGUGGCGACAACUCUGAACAUUUCACCCGGUAGGAGUCGAGUAGCUUUAAUUCUUUAUAGCAACUUCGCCACGGCAGCCCUUAGACUUGACGAAAAGAUCACCAUGGAGUCUUUUGACAAUCUUGUGGAUAGCUUACCUCAUGAACGUGGAGUGACGCGCAUCGACAGAGCUUUAAAGCUUGCUCGAUCCAUUUUCGACUCCGAGACUGCUGUAGCGCGACGAGGAGUGCCUAAGGUAUUGAUAUUGUUCACCGAUAGCAAGCAAACCGUUGCUCAAGAUGCAUUUAAUCUGGUGGAAGCCGCCCGACCCCUACUCUAUGAGAACGAUGUUAGGAUUCUUGCAGUGGGAAUAGGAAACAAUGUAGACGUCAGGGAGCUACGAGCUACAACAGUUGAUGAGAAGGACGUCUUUCUGUCACCGUCGUUGGAGAAUCUUCUCAGUUUAAGCGGAUCUUUGUCUGAGGCCAUGUGCGAGGCAGCCAGUGAGUAUACAGUGAAAAUGGCAUUGUCCUAUAAACGUAAGGUCAAGUGUAGUAUAGUUGGCUCUGUAUGGUAAGAGCUGCAUGACUGUUUAUGUUUUCUUUAUUAAAAGUUCAUUAACCUGACGGAGGCCUUGGAGUUUUUAGCGGUAAAAUCUUGACCAUGCAUCAAUGACUGAUCAACCGACCGACUGACCAACCCAAUGAUCGAAAGACCGACCGGUCGACCAAACGACAAUUUGUUAAUAAUCCAUUUAUUCACUCGUUAAUGAUAAUAUUCCAAACAUUUAACAAAGACACCUCCAAUCACUCAAAAGUGGUCAUGGUGGUCUACAGUGAUUUACUAAUGCUUAGAAAUCUAGCAACUGGCCAACAGCCACUAGGAUGAAUGUUAAUCGUCUAAGAAAGUGAAAAAGGUGAAGAGUAGUGACCUAAGCUGAUUGAAAAUGAACGUAAAAAAAGAUUGAGAAUUAUUUUCAAAUUUCUUUUAAAAUCACUCAAUUAUAUUUUCAGAGCCUCCAAUUUGCCCUGAAGCCAUGGACGUCGCCUUCCUUAUGGAUGCCUCCGGCAGUGUGGGAGCAGACAACUUUGAGAAGCAGAAAGAGUUCAUCAAAGCAGUCGCCGGUACUUUAGGACUUAAAAGUGGCUUAGCCCGCGCUGGGUCUCUGGUCUACAGUGACAUGGCAACAGUACAACAGUCAUUCAACAGCUGCAACGGGACUCAUUCGGUUGUAGAAGCAGUAGAUCACAUUCCAUACUAUGGUCGAACCACGCGCAUUGAUCGCGCCUUGUCACUUGCCAAUACAGAUCUGUUUAGUGAUGCCGGUGGAGUGCGAUCGUAUGUGGCUAACACUCUUUUACUCUUAACGGACGGCAGGCAAACUCCAGCAGCUGACUCGAUUUCCAUGGAACGCGCCGUGAGACCCCUUAAAGAAAAGAAAGUGAAAAGGAUAGCUUUGGGAAUCGGUAGUCAAAUUAGUCCCGAUGAGCUUCGCAAGGUCGUUGAUGGAGACGAAGACGUCGUUACAGUAGACAGUUUUGACGAUCUUAUCUCUUCAAUGCAUAUGGUAUCGGAAAAAUUAUGCACAAGUGCAGGUGAGAGAGUCACCUUAAUACCUCUUCCCCUAGAAAAAUGGUGUUGAGACAGAUUCCUUUAGUACAGUCUCGCCUUAGGUAUUUACAUGUGGGUUUGUAGUUAGAUUAAACUUCUUUCAAGGUCCUUGAACUGAACAAACUUAGUUUACAAUUCGGUUGACAAAACAGAACUUACUUAGUCAAAACGUGUUUUUGUUUCAAAGAGCAGAAAAAGCAAAAGAUUAAAAGGAGAACUUAAAGUGAGAAAAGGGUGAGCCGACUUUGGUGACGGACCCUAAUUUAUUUCGGUUUUGCGUUUGAACGAUUGGCAAUGUGGCACCAGUUUUCUCGACAAUAAGAGGUUCUAUGAAUGCGCCAAUUUAGGUAAUGAAAGAAGCACAAGUGGAAUUGUUCUAAUAUGUAAUGAAUCAAUCUCUUGGCAGCUUUAAAGAAGUGCCCUGUUCCUGUAGAUAUCGCCUUUCUUCUGGACUCAUCAGGAAGUAUUGGUGAACUAAACUACCGCAAAAUGAAAGACUUUGUCAAGGCUGUUGCGAACACCUUUAUCAUCGGAUCAGGCAAAACACUAGCUACAUUAAUUUUGUACGGUGACACCGCAACUACGGCCAUCCGAUUUAGCGAUCACGCGAACAACGCCGACUUCGACGCUGCAGUAGACGUUCUUCCGUAUUUGGGAGGUGAAACUCGCAUAGAUAAAGCCCUACAGCUUGCGUCCACUGAGCUUUUAACAGAACGUAGCGGCGCGCGGGUUGGUGUCGCCAAAGUUGUGAUUCUCGUGACAGACGGGCGGCGGUCUCGAGCGCCCGACGGCGUUGAACUUCAGAAGGCUGCGAAGCCAGUUUUAUCGGCGGGUGUGCGUUUGUUUGCAGUGGGAAUUGGAACUGAGGUUGAUGAAAAAGAGUUACAACUUAUCGUUGACAGGAGAGAUGACGUCAUAUUGGUACCGUCGUAUAAUGGACUCGCCACGAGAGUGAGACAGCUGUCCCUUGCCACGUGUGAAAGCUCAGGUAAAACCAGCAUCAUUUUUUUACAUAGCUCAUAUAUUUUUUAAUCAUCUAGUGAUAUGUAACGACGCGCAAUAUUUUCUCCUCGUUGAAUAGUACUUGCUAAUCACUAUUUUCACCUGUGAGAUUAAUACUGACUUGGUUUGACUCAAAGUCCCAAGUGUCAUCGGUGACUGAUUUUUAAAUGAGCCCACCUUCGUCAAACUUUUGAAAGUACGAGCACGAUCGAGUUUAUCAACUUUUCAAGUUGCAAAAAUCUUAUGAUGAUCAGGAAAAACAGCUGUUAACUAGCGUAAAUCAGCAAAGUAUUUGGAGGUUCACUCUGCAGAUUAUAGCAAAACUUGCAUGUUUUUCAUUCAACUCGCAAGCGUCAACGAAAAAUCAGCAAUUAGGUGAAUGACGUAACGUUUUUCAGGUGAAGAAGAAUACAAAUUCCUUCCUGAAGGAAAAAUUUGGGAAAAAGUCCUUUUCACUCUUGGAAUGCCAGCUUAGCUGUUUUUAACAAAUGGAAGACACUUGAAGGUAACUGUGCAAUAAAUUUUUUCCUCAGAAAUAGAAGCUUGUGAUAAUAUCAUGGACGUAGGUUUUGUCCUCGACUCCUCUGGCAGCCUAUCUGCAUCCGAAUUCCAACAAGUCAAAGACUUCGUCGAUCUCAUAGCUAACUCCUUCCUCAAAAACAAAGUCGGUAGCCGUGUGGGGCUUAUGCAAUACAGCAUCUUGCCGAAGAUGAAUGUUCGGUUUUCCGACGAACUCACGAGAGAGCAGUUCCGAAGUGUCCUGGACAAAGUUCGUUACGAGGGAGGCUACACUCGGCUCGAUCGAGCUCUCAAGCUAGCAGCUCAGGAGUUGUUUGUGAAUGAAGAAGGUUCUCGUAAGGACAUUCCUCGAGUCAUGGUUAUAAUAACAGACGGCAUCAACACGGAGGAGCCUGAUUCUGUAGCGUUAGACACCGCCGUCGCGCCUCUAAAACGCGCCGGGGUCACAGUGUUUGUUGUCUGCAUUGGUAGUGAGAAGGGCCGUGAUGAGAUGUACCUACUCACAGAACAAAACAAAAACUUGUAUUUUGUUCGAACUUACAAUGAACUUUCUCUUCAGCUUCGGAAAGUAUCCAAGGACAUUUGCGAGAGUGGAGGUGAGAUGCUUGCAUGGAUUCGGAGAAGGGGGAGGGUGUUUCUCUGUUAUUUACUAUACCCGAGAAAAUGUCUGCUUUUAGAUUGCUCUCUUCCAAUUAUACUAAGAAUCAAUGGUGAUCUAUUUUCACAUGCUAUGGCAACGAUCUGCACUAAUUCGUCUUCUUACAUGUUAGAUGUCGUGUUCUUAAUCAAACAUUGCAUGUUAACCAGAUAACGAACUUUUGACACGAAAUUAAUUUCGCAAGUCGCUUCUACUUUUUUUAAGUGAAAAUAAAUCGGGAAGAUGUUUUUCUUGGCACGAUAAGCAAUUUGACGAAUGUUUGAACGAUCAAUCGAUAAUCUUUGUAUUAGUGACAAAAUAAAAUAUGGUUUCACUUUCAAAAUUAAUGACUUUAAGUGGCAAGAAACUCGCUUUGAUUAAGAGUACCUCCUCCUUUAAAUUCUCCAAACUGCCAUGCUUCGAAAGGGCAUCUCACGUUAAACAUCAACAGCAGACUGAUCCUUUUUUUUUUCCAAACAGCCCUUCCUGGAUGCGACCGAGUGAUGGAUGUCAGUUUUUUGGUAGACUCUUCAGAGAGUGUUGGCUUACAAAAUCUUCAGAAACUUCUCGACUUCGUGCGCAGAAUUGCCAAAACCAUGCGUAUCUCCCCGAGAGGUAGCCAUGGAAGUCUCGUCGUUUUUAGUGACAACGCCAAAGUUCAAAUCAAACUUGACGACCACGAUAAUAUACAGGAAUUCAGCAAUGCUUUACGAGAUGUCCCCUAUAUGGGCCAAAAGACCCGGAUCGACAAGGCUUUGCGGGUUGCACUGAGCGGAGUUUUCAACAGUAGAGCCGGUAUGAGAGCCGGAGUACGAAGAGUUGCGGUCUUGUUGACCGAGGGUCAUCAAACGAGAACGUUCGAUGCGAUACCGCUGAGAUACGCGGUAGAACCACUGAGGCGCAGGCGAGUCAAUGUGUUUGCGGUUGGCAUCGGUAAUGAUGUACGUUAUAACGAACUCCGAUCUGUCACAAGUAGUGAUCAAAAUGUAAUGUUGGUGGAAACGUUUGACGACCUUGCAAGAAUUGGUGAAGAGCUGAGCCACAAGAUGUGUCGAGGUAGGAGAAUGAUUUUCGCUUCACUAUAAAGUAUCAGUUCUCUUGCCUCUGUCCUCAAAAAGGCACGCAGGAACGUGCCUCGCGGAAGUAAGGAGAGAAGGGAACUGACACUUCAUAUGAAACGUUAUUGCAAAGUCACUUGUUGAUUUCGAAAGAUUGCAGCACUUGUUGUUAUAAAAGAUAGCAUUUCUCAAGUGAUCGUUCCCUUGUCCUCUACACUUAUCCAAUUCAUGACGACAUGGUAAAGCUAAAUUGAAUUUUAACACUACUGGUUCCCUCAUGAUUGAGAGAAAUGAACGGUCAAUAAUUUUAUAUCUGUUGUGUUCUUGGGAGAGAUUCUUACCGUUGAGGUAACGGUUUCCUCGCAAAGGUAUGGAUAAGUAGAUUUUAUGAUGAGCCACAACACCUGUUAUUCUUAUGAAGCGACAGCACAUAUCUAGUGAAGCGAUACGAGUCAAAAUAUGAUUCAAUGAUGAAUCAAGGGCCACCGCACUCGUAAAGAGUCGAACAAUUUCCUAAGUUUACCCUUUAAUUUAAUCCUUGUCAUUUUAUGAGUUACUCCACCCUGAAAACUCGAGACAACCUGAUGCUGCUCUAAAGCGCACGUUGGUUGAUUGCACGUUGUAUAACCAAGGCAGCUAGAUCACAGAUGAAUAUCAAAAUGAACUAGCGAAAAUUCAGGGAAACCAAGCAGACCGAUUGGAAAGCGGAACAAGUGACCAAGCUGCGAUUUUUGUUUUGGCAUUUGAUUCGUUAAUAGCUGAUGCAUUUUUUCUAAACCUAUUACAAAUGUAUGAUAAAGCGGAACUAAAGUAAUCUUGAGCCACUUUCAUCUUGCAACUCAAAUCGCUCCUAACUCCCACAAAUGACCAAACAGAAUUUCUCCACACCAUAUCGAUACAGAAUCAAGCAGAUAAGUGAGAAGAAUAAAGAAAAAUAUCAACAAGGGCGUUAUUAGUUGAUCCGAUACCAAAUUCUCAGAACUAAUAUAUUACAAGUUGUAUAACAAUCGGUAAGGAGAGUUACUAAUGAGAUCUUGGUAGUAAAAAGGGUUAAAACGAAGUGUGAGCUUUUUAUGAGCACUUGGCAUCAUUUUCAUUCUAUUUCUCUUCUUUUUCAGGUGGAUGAGGAUCGACCAUUGGAAGACAAUACAGACAAAUAAAUUAAUACAAAAAUUUAAACUAAUAUGUAGUGUGCAGUGCUUUAAAUAUUUCUAUUUCAUACGAGAGGUUAGCAAUGCAUUUGCGCGGCUAAGAAACAAAGAAAGGAAAGAUUACUCAAGAAUUCAUGUUGUAACAACACUACAAUAAUCCAAAACAACUGGAUCCAUCGGUUAGACACUCAAACUAUUCUACGUGUUUCAAACAGCAGCGCCUGUAUAUUUCAAUUUAAAGUAAACUCCUGCCUUGAGUUUUAUUUAUUUUUGAAAAGUCGUCACUUUUUAUAAAUGGAUCUCCCGUAAUAUCCAGUGGCGGAAAUGUGUAUCUGUCUUUAGUUUUCACCGAUUCCAUGAUUCGUUGUGAUCAACAUGAAAGAAAGACGACCAUUGUGUAAAGUUUUCUGAGUAAAAAGUUAUACUCAUUGUGGUAAAGAAAAUUAACACAAUGACCUGCUGAAAGUAUUGCAGUAAUUAGAGGAGCCCUUUUAAAGGAAUGAAUCACUGAGUAGCCGAAUAUAUACGUUAAUAGAUAGUUAAUUGUGAACGCUGUAGCAAGAUCGUGAUUGAAACGAAUUUUAAAAACAACGUAAGUUAAAUAGCCUCAAAGGCCGAUAAGUUAAAUUUUUGUUAUCUAAAGUAAGAAUAACAUUGUAUUGAAUAAAUUAAUAAUUCUAAAUGCAAAGUAGUCGUAGAUGCGAUUAUUUUGUUGUGAGGACUCGCUUCGGGUCUUAUCUAUACUGCCCCUUUUAAAAAAAUCCAUCUUCACUUAUGCUUUGCAUGAAAAAAGAAGUCUCUCUUCUUUAUAACUUCUCCUUAUGCAUGGCUCUGCUCCAAAGGAAAUCGUCUUAGCGUCUCAAGAAUUACGUGAAAACGUAAAAUGUAAUCUAACUGGAGGCGAAGUAGUCUACGUUUCCCUUCCCUGCCCCUCCCUCUCCUCCCUUCCCCUUCCCCCCUCCCACACCCAUCGCGUCUUACUCUCCACCGCGUGAAAAGAAGGGAAAGCACUAUAUAUCAUCGUCCUAAACCAGAUGAGCCCACGACAUAUCAGCGGCAUCUUGUAUGAGUAUCCGCAGUUUACAAUGUGACUUCCGCUUUUUCUUGUUGACGCGUACUCGAGUGUUAGGAAGUUCGCGUAGUGCGUCUGAGCCAGUUUCUGCCAGAUUUGAACAGAAAAACAGGUCCUUUGUUGGACUGUAAUGAUACUUUGAUCAAUGGCGCUGUUAGCGAAAUGUUUGGCCGGUUCGUAAGUUGUCAACCUGGUUUCGGUCGAUCUGAUUGAUUGGCAACACCUCUUGGAAAUCCUACACACCAUCGACCUAAGCCUCAUAGCUGCCAAGUGAGCAGAAGAACAAUGACAUCAAAAUACUCGAGAAAGAUAAGUAUUAAUUUUAAUUGCAUUUGUGUUAAACUUAUAUGUACAGAAAUUUCUGAAGAGGUACCUAAUCAGAAGUUUAUCACAUGAUAAGCCUUCAAACUUGUAUUAAAUAAAUUGAUGUACAUAUUUCACAAUUUUAAGAUGAUUGUGUGAUGACAAUACACCGACGGUCAACAUUCGAAUAUUCAGCUUGAGCUUCCUCCUAAAUGCUAAGUAUUUCAAUUUGAACUUGUAGAAUAUAACCUAUGGAUUAAAUGUGGGUCUAUAAGUAUCAUCCAUGAAAUUCUUACCGGCAAUUUUCAUCAUGAUAUUAAAGCACCACAAACUCAAGAACAAGGAAAAAUAAGUUACGCAGAAAACUGAGUUAGGCAGAAAACUGACGGAGAAAUUCAUAGUUUUCAUAAUUUUGAAUUCAUUCAUAAUUUUGAAUUACAAAUCAUUCAGACCAUAGCCACAUAUAGACUUUUAGAUUGUCACUGCUUUUCUUUCGGUGAUUGCAUGAUAUGGUACCCGUCUUGACGUUCUUGGGAAAGGAACCAUAUCAUGCAAGUCCAGGCAGUUGAUGUAGUGUUUGCGCAUUUUGUCUUGGUCAUAUGACUGCGCUGUGGGGUCUAGGCCAUGGCAUAAAUCUGUAGCAAAUGCCAGUGCAAACAAGCCACAGUCAUUUGAAUUUGUUUUCUUUUGCACUCUUUCAUUAGAAAAAGUGACUGUAGAACCAGUAUACAAUAGCAUGCGACAUGAAUGAUCAAUGGCAACCGCGCUUACAUUUUGAUAUAAGCUGUCAUACACCUUGACAGUUCCAGGACUAGUAGCUAUUGUGCUCAGGCAAACCCAGUGUGAGCCAGUGUUUAUGAUCUGUACAAACUCACUAAUGGCUGGAGUGACUAAUGCACCCACAAUAACAGGGUCCCUUAGACCAUCUACAAGAGGGAAUUUUUGUUUUAGGAGGAUCUGACCAGCAUGUAUCUCAGAAUCACACAGCCAUGUUGUCUUGUUUAAAAUGUGAUCCUUUGAAUCUUCAUACAGUAUCAGGGUUGAGGUUGGGUCCUCAGGGUCCUGAAGAUGCAACCAUGACUUUGGAUCAGGAGAGCUGUAAGCAAUAACUAAGACAGGAAUUUGCUGGUUGUAUUCUUUUGUAAUGCCAGAUGAUAGGUUAGUAGAAGUUGUAUCUUGCAUUGAGUCAUCACAUAUACCUGAGUUGAUGAAGAUAGUUGUGCUUUUGAGUGAGUGAGUGGCAUUUUCUUUGAUGAAGGGAUGAGUAUCUUGUUCAGCAGAGGUCUCCUUAUUAAUGGCUAUUGCUUUCAGGGUGUCACUCUUUUUCCCAGGGUCCUGUGGAUGCAACCAUGACUUUGGAUCAGGACAGUUAUCAUCAGUUAAUGAGACAGGAAUUAGCUAGUCACAUUCUUUUGCAGUAGAUGAUAUGGUAGUGGAAGUUGUCUUUUGCAUUUUUGGUUCAUCACAUGUACCUGAGGUGAUGGGGAUAGUUGUAUUUUGUGGUACGGGUGUGAUAUUUUCGUUAAAGAAGGGUUGGGUAUCUUGUUCAGAUGUGGACGUCAUCUUCAGGGUGUCAUCCUUUUCUUCUUUUUCUCUUUUAAUGAAAACCUCUUUUGGAUUAUUGGCAAGAUUAUGACAGAUAUUGAAACUUUUUUUUUGAGACUGUGGCAGAGUGGCUGGUUUCUUUGGCUGGCAAGGUAACUGAAUAGGAUGACUGUUUUUUCUUUUAAGUCUCAAUCGGAGCGGCAAAUGAGCAUACUUUUUUUUUUGGCAUUGAGGACCUGUUUCAAGUGGUGACUUUUUUGGUUUUGCCAUGAUGUUUUUCUUUGGCUGAGUAACCUCCAUGAAGAUACCAUUUUCUGAUGGCACAAGGGGACGGAAGUUCCUCAGUGCCUUCUGAAGGUCUUGCUUAAGUGAUUCUAGGGCUCCACCAUCAGCACAAAGGUAGGUGAGAUCUUGAAUUUCUUUCAACAACUCUCUGCAACAUCUUCCUUCAUUCUGCACGCUUACUGACUGUUUGGAGCUCUUCCCAGCAACCUCUGCUUUUUUUUCUGAAUCUUCAUGUGCUACAGGACUCUUUGUACUUAAUGUACAUUUACUGCUAAAUUCCGUUGAUCCUUUUUCUUUCUCUUUUUGGGUUGAAUCCUGCAUUAUGGUACAGUCAGUGGAGGAACAUCCCCCGGAAGAUAAAGGUGGAACUACAUUCGGAUCAAUCUGGAAAUAGGGGCUUGAACUGUAGUAAGGAGACAUUGCUUCCCAUCCCCAUUCUGGAAAAUGUUUGUAGAUAGCCACAAAAUGCUUGCAUGGCCAGUGAUGUCUUUGCCAGUCAGGACAAGUGCAGGAAGGCAUGUUGCUGCAAUCACCAAAUUGCACAUGGUAUGAAAUUUUAUUGUCACUUUGGUUUUUAACAAGGAACUGGCCAUCUCCUUCUUGAGAGAUGUCUUCUUUUGUUAUUGAUUGUGCAUGUGUAAGGCGUUGACAGCAGUGGGUAAUAAACUGUCUUGGUCGAUUGUGUAACCACCCUGGAAGAUGUGAAUUGUACUGGUGAUAAGCACUUGAGUUACGCAUGUUAUUUUCAGCAUACCUAGGGAAGGAAAUUAUUAUCCAGGUGAUGUGAUCAACAGAAGGUAUGACUUGGUAUUUUAUUACUGACUAGUUCAUACCACACAAGGAAUGUGGCACUCAUCUGAUAAAAUAGCCAAAUGGGAAGUUAUGUUGAUUUUAUAUUACGUCAUACAUGCAUAUGUAUUGGAAGAAAUGAUACAAUCUUCAUAAUUUAAGUAUCAUGUUUUAGUUGCAAGAACAUUAGAGAGAUUUCUAUUUAAAUGGUAGUAAGCUUCAAGAAGUUUUAUUAUUUGAACUCAAUAGUAUUGGGAUCAGGAAGACAAAUUACAAAUAAAACAAUAUUCUAAAUUAUGAGUUGCAGUUGUUUGCAGUGCUUUUGUUGUUGUUGCUUUUGUUAUGCUUUGGUCACCUUGUGUGACCCAGAGUAAGCAUGACACCUUUAUACAUCCUUCUCACUUGUAGAACAAAAACUUUUAUAUAUCUACAUUCUCUGAAAACACCUUAGGCCUAAAAUCAUAGUCAUGUGAUAUCAAUAUAUAACACACCGAGAUCUAAGGUCAAGAUGAGCUUUUGAUUCCUUACCUUCUGUACUCAUUUGGCAGAAAUUGUGUCACUAAAACUGUGAUGACACCACUUAAGGUCUUGUCUCUAUUGUCUGCAAGAAAUUGGUGCUUAUAUGUCCUAUUCUUUCUUUCCACACCAUUGGUAGUGUUCACUUUCACAUUGAAGCGGUCCUUCCUGUAUGCCCAAACCCAGCGCUGCCAAUAGAAACAAAGUGUCCAAGUAAACUUCAUGAAUAUAAACUGCAUGUAAUCUGAUUUUCAUCUUGUGGAUCUCCUUGUAAGAGCAUCUUGGACCCAUCUCAGACUCAUGCUGAAUGAUUAAUGGCCCAAAAUGACAUCAUCCAAGGAGAUGGCCUGUUUGAUGUUUAAAGUCAGAGGGACAAGGAUUUUAAGUGAACUCAAUAAGAUGUGUGUAAUUUUUAAGCCAAAAAUCUUGAAUUGUUGCUGGAUAAUUUAUAAGGGAUAAUUCCACAAUUAUUAUAAUGUAUGCAAGGGAUACACUUGCCUGUCUUUCGGGAAGCCAUGUUGUGUUCAUCCACUUUUGGAGUCUUGUAUUGGUCCUCCACAGUUCACUGUCUUGAAGAUCUCUAAGUGCUAAAUUGAAGUCCCCUUCUGUGGAAGUUCUUGCAAGGUUUCGCAAACUGUUCAGGAGGUUGUCUUUCUUGUCUUUGUUAAUGCAAUAUACACAAGACAGCCUGGAACAGUUAUAAAACUGAGUUGUAAAAUCUCUCUGAUAAGAGAAUACAUGCUGCCAACCACUUCAGCUAACACAAGGCCUAUUGUAUGCUAAAAAUUAAACUACCAACAAAGGGUGCCUAGCAUGACCUGUGAGCCAUAGAGUGAAAUAAUAAUACUAUUACUACUACUACUACUAAAAAUAAUACUUAUAAUGCUAAUAAUAGUAACAAUACUAGUAAUUUAUUACUAUCAUUAUUGUUGUAAUAGUAACAUUGAUUUUUUCCAGGAAUCGAAAAUACACAUUGACCCUUUUGCUUCCAAGAUCUCAAUGUUAAUUAUCCUUACCAUCAUCUACACAUUUCUUAUUUUUUAAUUGAUCCUAAAAGAUUUCCAAAACUUUCUAGGACCAGAGGUCUUUUUCCAGGACUUUCCAGUUGUGCAAAUGCCAAAAUAAAAUUCUGGGACUUUCCAGGUUUUCCAGGACAAGUAUGAACACUGUUGAUAUUUUCAUGAAAUUUAAGUAAUGAUUUUGGAAUGUCUGAAGAAUUACUGGUAAUUGGCAAUAAUUUAUUUAUUUAAAUAAUUUAUUUAAAUAAUUUUUUUUCUUUUUUUGGGGGGGGGGGAAAAAAACUUAUUCCUAAUAAGUAUUGCCUCUCUAUAUUUCCCACUUGAAAUAAAGAAAAUGGUUAUAAAAUGGUUAUUAUCAAUAUUUACCAGUAUAUGUUUACAUACUUACUUGGAAACAGCCUUUCAAUGGCAUUGAUCUCAGCCUCACUGAAGUCCACCAUAAAGAAAUCAGGGUUCCAUGUUGGGUUCCCGUCCUUAAUGAGCUGUAGAGCUUCAUUAAUGGCAUCUGCAUUUUCCAGCAGAACCACAAAAGAAGCAACAACACAGUAAUCUACAUUGGUUUUCACACACAGAAAGAAUGUGGGGAGGGCAUAGCAUGAAGUUUUGUAUGUUGCAUCCAGUAGGAAAAUUUCACCGCCAUACUUAAAAAGCAGCUCUCUUUGCCACUUCGUCUGGGGAACAAGGAGGAGGUUGUUGGAUGGAUCACCUAUACUUAUUUUAAUUACAUCAGUGCUGUCUUCUUCCUUCAGUGACUGUGGUUGUUGAUAGGACUCACUAUCACUUGUAAGGCAGUAAGGCCUGAAAAAGAAAUUAUCAUCUGGGCUUUCUUCUUUCCACUUCUUGAUUUUUAAGUCAAGGUUUUCUUGAUCAAUUUGUGAAUGUCUGCACACCACUGUGGCACGAUACAUGUGGUUCCUGACAUCCAUGGUUGUUGGGAAGAACUGUCUGUUGGUUAGAUCUGGAGGCUGUUGGCCUGUGAAAAGUUCCUUCUUUACACAAUGAUGCAGGUGCUGUUGCAUUUCAGAAACACAAUUAACACCACUUCCAACAAGCUCAUGAAUUUUUUUAACCAGUGUCUCAUCAAUAGGCUGAAGUAGCCCAGCAGUCUGAUUACACAACAAGAAAGAAAGAAUAAUUGCUUUAUUAUUUAUUCAUUUAAAAAAUUACACAACCUCAUCCCCAGGUUUUCUUGGUCAACGGUUCAAUAACCUGGAGCCGGCUACUUUUGAUGUCAUUGGUUCAAUAUGAGAAAAUUUUUUCCAAAUUUGGUCAACAGCAGCUGUUUAUGAUGAAAUAUGUGAGUGGUUUUAACCUUUCAGAAACAGGGAAAUAUUUUGAAUGAAUAAUAAUGCAAAUUAUACCAACAUUACUAUCGGCAGUCCUCUGGUAGGGCUUUUCAGUAAUAGUUACAGAAUGUUAUAAUUACAGGUUACUGAACAUUGUAUUUUUUAAGAAAAUCCAUUUAAAAAGUCCAUGACAGCAUUCAAUUAAAACAGUGCCAUUGGAAAUCCCUCUCUGAUAAAAUUGUGAUAUUAUAGUCUUGACAUUGAGUUUGAGGAAUGAGUGCCAGUGUAGCUAAAAGAAGCUCUACAUGUAGUACAUUUUAUUGGUCUUUUGUUGUGAUGAAUAAUCUUUAUUCAUUCUUUAUAUAUAUUCGACAUGACAGUGGAAGCAGCACAGUCUACAGUAGACUGAUGAUCUGUGUGAAGUUAAGUCACCUUAAAUUCCCCACCAAACUUCAGUUUCCUGAUUCCAAAAAAAAUUUAAUUGAUGGCCAAGUACUUACCCUCCCCAUGGGGUGAAAUAAGUGAUCCGUAGGUUUAGGAAGUAAUAUGUAAAUACGCUCCUCUGUAGCUAUUGUUUGCCUCUUUUCUGACUCUAGGGAUGUUCUCAGAAAUUUUGACAUUGUCUCCCUUCUACUCUUUGUGUUCUCUGAAAUCUAACAAUACAAUGUUUUAAUUAAAAUAAUAUUUGAAAAAUUGGUUUCUAAAAUAUUCACUCUGUUUCCAUUACAGGUAAAUUUGUUUCAAUUCUGCACAACGAAAUGUCCAGGUUGUCUUAUCAUAUGUCCACUUCACCUGCAUGUAACACAAGGCCCAUUAGGAUUAAGCACCCUUUAUUAGGCUAGUGAUCAUUCAUGUUAAUGAUAGUGCCCCCUGAACCCUUAUUCAAUAAUUAAAAUAAAAUGACCUUAUUUUCAGGAUACUUGAUUAUUUUCCUUAGGUGGAUCUUUGCUGGACAGUCACAUUUCUUCGUAUCCUGUACUAUAAAGCACUGUUUGGUGUUGUUAUAGCAGUGAUCAGCAUUCUCCUUCUGAAACCAAAUAGAUUUAUUGGAUUGUUAGAUAGAGCAGUCAUAUGGGAAUAGUCAAGUUAUCAAUAAACUUAGAAGUAAUGAAAAGUAUCCUUUAAAAUAGUACUUGAUUCCUACCUUGUAAACUGCAGUCACAGUGGUCCUUUUUUGCGACUUUGCUUAUUUUAACAAAUGAAAUGUGAUAUGUCCUUUUACUUGCAAGUGGUAAAAAAGAAAACAUUAUUGCCUGCUAUUAGCCCUGAGGGAGAGGUGAGUGCUCACCAACUUGCUUAGAAAAAUCAGUUAGGACUUACCACCUUGUUAGCUUAAGAGCAAAUAGGUGAAGGUAAAUCAAUAACUAUGUAAUGCCCUACAUAUGAUAUCCUCUUUGGGAGUCCUUAAGUAAUAAUAUCAUCUUGUUUACAUUCUUAUUUAGUUAAUUAUUAUGCAUGCUUACAUCUUUUUUAAGUCUCUUUUGAGCCUCCUUCCUUUUGAGUGCCUUAUUUCUGUCUGGCCCAUUUUAGCAUUCUAAAACUUUGACCCCCACAAUUUGGAAUGGGAUGCCAUCAAAACUUAGUCUGCAUCCUGUCAUCUCCUGUGAGUCAGCCCAUUGUAUACGGUGGUUCUUAGCAUUUUUAUCUGCAUUUUCUUUUAUGUGAGAAGAGGAACCAAGCUAAGUUAGUAAUACGAUACAUGUACACAAACACAUACGUACAUAUGUACACAUGGGUGCUUAAAAUGGAGGGCCUGAAAAUCAAGCCUGCCCCACCCAGAUGUAGCCCAAGGACUGGUGUAAUGGAUGGGGAUGCUGGCAGCUGUGUGUCAAUAGCACUGAGUAGGGUUUUGACACUUUAAGCUUGAUCUUAAUUAAUUAAGCAUUUCUUGCCAACUCUUGCUGCAGGCUCACAGUAAAUUGACACUUGAAGCUAAGUUGAAUUUUAAUUACAUGUUAAUUUUGAAAGUCUAACUGACCAGUGUAAACCGAAGAAUAAUGAUGUGUACAUGUAUUCUUAAGAUAUCAAUAAUUAUUGGAAAAAAUUGAAAUCCCUUUUUUUAUUUUGAUUUAUCUAUAUUUCAUGUUAAUAACACGAUCUCACACGCCCCUGGCUUUAAAUACCUAUAGUGUCUAAAUAAAGUUAUACUUCACUUUACUUUACUGUCAGUAUGGUUUAUUUUGUAAAUCUUUACAUGUGAGCUUACUUACCCAACCUACUGCAAUUUGAAAAUCCUCCUGUUUGUUUAAAUACAGUGAAGCGUGUCGUCGUAGCUAUCUCGUACUGUUUUAUGAGUUCGUCAGCGCUGCUUUCAUCGUCAACAUACCCGGAAUAAGGGUCAAACUGUACGGUCCAUCUUGAAGCCCAAGGUGUACUGUUAUCAGCCAUGUUUGUUCUUCUACCAAACAUUUAGAUUUCCCGCCAAUAUUUACCCGCGAGCCGCAAAACAUAAAUGCAUGAGUGUUAAAUAUUAACUGGACCACCCCUUGACAAAUAUAUUUAUUAGUAGCAAAUAAGAUGUUGAACAAAAACCAAGAGAUCAUGGUCAAAUAAAACCUAAAGAUAAUUUAUUACAAACAGAAAAUAACUGUAUGUUUGUUACAAUCGAAAGAUUUUACAGUGCAAAGUUAUGCAAAUGAUCUUUGACCUGAAUCUGCUUUUGGUCGAUGAUAGCGAGGUCAGAGGAUAACAUCGACCGAAACUAUUAGGCCGGUCAUAUUUAAGUGUCGAUCCUCCUUUUAACGCCUUUAUAACAGGCUAGAUUUUUUCUUAAAUAUGUGAUCUAGACAGAAAUUAGUUUGUACAAGUUAUGGGAAGAAUACUUUCGCAAUAAAAUAUUGAAGAAUACGACGCUUUAUCGUCAGUCACACAGGUCACGGUCUCUUGAUUCGCCUGAAACGAGCAGAAAAAUAGAAGACUCUCGCUACGAUUCCGCUGUCAUGGGCUCAUCUGGUUUGGGACGAUGAUAUGUAUUGCCCUAGGGGUGUUGUCAAUUAAUCAGAUCGACCGAAACCAGGUCGACAACUUACGAACCAGCCAAACAUUUCGUUAACAGCGCCAUCGAUCAAAAUGUCAUUACACUCCAACAAAAGACCCGCUUUUCUGUUCAAAUCUGCCAGAAACUGGCUCAAACGCACUUCCUAUUCCAUGUGUACACUGUAAAAUACGCUUUAACAAGAAUAAGCGGAAGUCACGUUGUAACCUGCGGAUAGUCAUACAAGAUGCCGCUGAUAUGUCGUGGGCUCAUCUGGUUUAGGACGAUGAUAUAUAGUGCUUUCCGAAAAGAAGCUUGUAUGAUAUCCAAGAUCAUCCAUUGCGUUACAUUUCAAGGACGUCUGCGAAGGAGCUCAGCACGACCAGAAAGCAACUUGAUACCACUGUUGAAAACACAUGGCGAGGAUGCCAUAUGUUUUGUAAUGGAUUCCGAUUAAGAGAGAACCAUGCUUCAUUCGAUAAUGAAGUACCUUCCCGAAUACGUAUCAGAAAUAAAGCCAAAUGAUUCUGGGUGAUGUAGUGUCUCGCCUGUUUGCGUAUUUCUUUCCUUUGGCAGUUAAGUAUAUCACCAUUCUGUUUUUUGGGUUUUUUUUUUUUUACCGAAAAAGCGCAACUGAUUCAAUAAACACCCACACCGAUGUCACAAAAAGAAACAUCAGGUAUGUUUCACCGAUUCCUCUCAGACAUUUGAACAAAAGGUCAGACGAGCUUCAUUUGACAACAGAACCAUUCGUCAGCUUUGCAAAAAUAGACCAAUUAUUACUGUUUUGCGAUCAUCUAGGCUUCCUUAAGCAUAAAAAAAUACUACACUGGUGAGGAGAAGAAGUAAAUGGCUGAUACUCUUUACUUUUAAUGUUAUGUCAAAUAUCGUCUUCUGAUAUUCACUGCUCGUUACCGAAUGUUCAGACCUGUUCAAUGACCAUUUCAAGAUCAACUUGUGAAAGAUCCGUGAUUUAAUAAAUCUCGAGUGGUUUUGAUUGUUAUAUUAAUGCCAUUAAGAUCUUAUUGAAAGACAUACAAAAGAUUUUGAUUUUUUUCGCUUCCGAUUUGAGCCGAGGCCCGACCAAUGCGGCAGGAAAUUUUGAAAGGAUUUAACCCCGAUCUAGCUGACAAUUCGAUCACCAGAUCGGAUAAAAAACUGUGUGAAAGAUCACCACGCCUAAAAAUCUCUGCAAUUUUUACAUGCAUCAGUCACAAACUGUAGAAAACAGUAUUUUUGUCUCUGGGAAGGCGCGAUUCUCACGCCUCGCAAUUUCCGCUCUUCCCCAUCCUUUUACAUCAUAAAAGAGUCAGCGGUACCAGCCUUUCACGCCUCGCGAGAUAUUGACACACAUAAACCAGUUAAUACUUCAGUAGAAUAAUCCAUGGUUUAUCUGACUCCUAAGUAUAAUACAACACAAUACUGGAUGUUAUAAGUUAUUGACCUCUAUCACGUAAUACCUGAGGGUUACCAAGUAUGUGGAUUUCUUUCCUCAGUGUUGUUUGUCCUUCGCCUUGUUAGAAAAAAGUAAUGAUGAACUGACUUGGCAUUUCCCCAAACAAAAGAGCGUUAUUCCUGCAGGAUCUCCUGUUGGGAUAAUCCUGUCUCUUCCCUGAUUAUUUACAUGUCAAAUUGUGGGUGGGUAAACGUUUGAUACGGAUUCGAGAUUCAUCUAUCAACAAAAUUAACUUCGCUAAAAUAACGAUUACUGCUAAUUUCAAUCGUGGCGCGUGGGUUACAACCGCAAUUUUAAUGUCUCAAAACCAGACAAAAAACUUUCACAUCGCAGAUUUCCUCUCCACUCAAUUCUUGUCCUUUAUCAUUGUUGUUCUUUGUUAGAACAAUUUAGUUUCUAAAAACUGAAUCAAACCACUCUUAGUCUGAGUUGAUCAAUAUUUCUUACAACUAAUAUUUCCUCCGUGUGGCUUAACAAAGAACCCCAUCGAGCAAGUGUGAAUGAUGCCUCGCUAGCGCCUAGACACACAGAAAACUUCUGUUCUUCUCAAUUUUCUAACCGUAAAACAAAGCCCCCCUUUUUUCUCCAGCUACCCCAACGUUUCUAAACAGAUGUUCAACUGUCACCUUUCGCUAACUUAACCUACGGUCCAAAAUUUUGGAAAACUUGCUUGGUAAUUCUUUUAACUAUAUGAUAAAGAAUUGAUUAAACGAAAAGUUCGGAAUGUUUAUUUCUAAUGUGGUUUGUAGACGAUUCAGAGCUCCGUGAAACUUCAGCUUCGCUAAAAAGUGGACUUUUACUCCGUUUUUCAGAGGAAAUGGAAACAAAGCGUCCUGUAAUUCAGAUCAUCGUGUCAUUUUAUUCGUGAACGAGUGAAACAUGGUUAAGUUUUUGCACCCAUCCACUGAUUGGCAUCCAUUCCUAUACAGCAUAAUUUUGAGAUAAAAAUAGAUCAAAAAGAAAAUAAAAAGUAUUUAACCAUUUGGAAACGUUUCAGCAGCUUCAAAAGUUGUGUUAAAGAGGUGUGGCCACCCGGCUGUUACGCUAACCACUGUCUGAACCGCGGUUUCGGGCGCAACAAUUUAUGCUGUCUAGCACCUUCUAUUCUUUAAGAGAAUUGCUGCCAGGAAAUUACGAAAAUAUGAAUCAAUGAUGGGAAAAAAUAUUUUUCUCUAUUAAAAUCCCUUAUUAUUUUGGCAUCAGAUACGCGUUUCAUAGCCAUAUAUUACGAAUAUUUGGCUGUCUGAGAAAUUCUAAGAGUUGAGGGAAAAGGAGGUAUUGAAUCGAAAACACUUCAAGUCGGCACUGUAUAAACAAAUAUUAAGAGUUUCUAUCCAAUUACCGCUUCCUAUUUAUUUCAAAUAACCAGUUGUUGUGAGAACUAUGGGAAGUAAUCUUGAAGUAUUUUGUUCAGAUGACACCAAGGCCAGCAAGAAGUUUGAUCGAUUUUUUUAAGUUGUUAUUUAGAAAACUGUUGGCAUAACGACAGCACUAAUCGAUUAAGAAACUCCAAAGGAAAAACAAGAAAACAUGAAAGUUUUUAAAGUGUCUAAAAGCGAAACUGAGCCACACCUUGCCCAAUGGUUUAUUUCUAAUAACGAUAUUUCCGGUGUUCCAUACUGUGAUGCUAAAAUCAAAUAGUAAACGUUAUGUUAUCUUUUUUAAGGUUAUAACCCCAGUCAGUCAAAGAAUAAGGAGAUAUUCGCUUCGAUUUCUUGAGCGUAGUUUCGCCCAAAAUUUGUCAAAUUUGACAGAUAAUAAUUUCAGGUGAAUUCGGCGGUCAUUCCUGUACAAGUUGGGAUUCCAGACGUUGUUGCUUUAGUCCUAACCAAAAUCUCACCCUGUACAUGAACAAAGUACGUUAUAUUUGAAAACGGUCGUGGAAGCUUCUAGAUAAUAGACCACAGAGAUGGCCGGCUUUAAUUCCUUCGUUAAAUCGGUAAUAUUCAUACUUCGUAACAUUUUUUCAUAUCCGCCCCUCCUCAGAGUCCUUUCACCUUCCGCGGCUCCGCCAGAGCUCCCUUGGCUCCUCGGCUUUCGUGAGGAAGGCCUUGAACGCAGCGAAACUUGAAAAAUUUGCCAUCAGAGCUCUCGUCUUUGAAGUACGCAAACCGAAGUUAUUUUAAGAUGUGGUUUGGCAUCCAACGCCUACAAAAUACAGGAAUUUCUUUUUUUUUAUUCACUAAUGACUCAUUAGAAUUCGGAAUUCUUUUGUUUCUGCCAUUGUGGUUUUUAAACGGUUCCCUAAUAGUUCUUCUAGUAUCGGCCAUUGUUUACCUCCGAUUCUUUAUGUUCGUGGCAAAGAGAUCUAGUUUAGAUUCAUUCACCAUUAAACCUCCUCCCCCUCAUCAAAAUUAUCAGCGGUAAUUUUCACUUAACCAGCAAGUCGCGUGGGCAACAACCGUUGCCUUCUUGGAAUUAAAAAGAACACACACAGACACACUCCUCCUCCUUACCUGAACAUCUUAUCCUGCUUUUGAUUCUCUCUAAAAACCACAGCCUUGAUUUUUUCGUUAAAAAAAGCCAAAUUCGCUCUAAAUCAAAGCGAUCUUUCAACCUUUUUGAAACCUUCCACACGGCAACUGAUAGACCUUCUAUUAACCUUAUCUGACAUUAUCUUUUAUAGAUACUCGCUUAUUAUGUUAUACAGUAAAGAAGACAAAGGAACUGCUCGUUAAGUUUUUUUCGUUAGGAACAAUCGGUCUUACAACUGUUGAAUAAAAAGCACGUUUUUGUAAUUGUAUACAUUAGCAAUCUUACGGCGGCCUGUUAAAAACCUGACCGAAAUAUUCAGUCGUGAUUUGUUUUGUAAUUCGUCUCAACCUUAACAAUCCUUGCCUAUCUUCUUUAAUUUCUGGCCUUUUCGCCCCACGCUGAUGUUUUUCUUUCCAUUCCGACAAAUAUUUUGAGAUAACUCUCACCUCGAAGAUUCAGGUCUGAUAAUUUGCGUGUUGCAGGUAAACAGCUAAAUUUCUCAUCACUCAAAAGUUCACUUCUGAUGUUCCUUCGGGCAAUUUCGUCAUUUUGUGAAAUGUCAUUUGGCAGUGAAAUCAUCCUUAUCAAAAUAUCUAUUAAAGUCGAUGAAUCUCGGAAAAUUUUUGAAGCGCUCUUAGUUGCAGAAACGUAAGCUUUGAACCCCAUGGGAAAUCACAGUGACAGUUCUUGUGAUUAAAUUAAAUCAAAGCUGGCUUGCGCAAAACCAAUCUAAGGCACAGAGGUUCUGUAAUUUCAGAACACCAAAGAAAGUUACGCAAACGUGAAGUCGGUUUGUUUCCGCGGUCCACGGCUUACAAGAGAGUGGAAGAGACUAUACAACGGCUAUGUGGAAAAAUGGUCAGCCUGGGUGGGUGUUUUUACGUUAGAAAGGUGUGGUAAUUAUUUAAACAAAUAAUUCUGCAAUAAUAAGAGAAUUGGUGACCACAAAAUAGGCCAAAAUGGCUGAAACGACGGAAACGACAAGAAUUUAUGCAACACAGCUUCUUUUCUAAAAUUAAGGUGUUGCAAAUUCAGAGGAAAUUUCAAAAAUCCUGAUCUUGUCUUAAGAACAACCAAAAUACCAUAACAACUUGCGACGGUUCUGAUAAAUGAGAUUAGAGGGCAUCAUUAUUAUGUAAAUUGUUUUGCGAAAAUUCAAAUACUGCUCGUUUAUACGUGACUGGUCAUAAAAUAUUUGACAACAGCCCGUUGCGCGAGGAUGCGUGACACUAGCGCAGGAAACCAAUCAUAAACUGUGAGUGACACCCCACGCGGAAGCUGUUUAUUUUCGUCAGAGUCCUGCCUUUUCUAUAUGUAAUGAUUGUAAACAAGUUGCGCAUAGUUUAAUCCAUCCUUGAACUCCUCGAGGUGACGACUGAUGCGGAGGUAUUUACACGAAUUACGCCUCUCUCGUUAUAAAUUCAGCUGAGCGUUUCGACGUUACAGAGUUAGUGGAUUCGUUGAAGUCAAAGCGACUGGUGAAUUAAGGAACAUGGCGACUUUGUACGCGGAGCUUUUCGUGAUUUUUGCCCUGAUUCUUGUUACGGUGGAUUCUCAGUCAGGCGAAAGAAGUAAGUAAACACAUUGUUGUUUUGACAAAAAGCCGAUUUCUUCUGAAAUUGGAGCGUUUUUAAUUUGCUACUUGGAAAAUUUUACAAAAGUUAGCUCUCUGAAUAGGACUUAACUUAAGCGGAAAACUGAAGAAAGAACUGAAAAACUUCGCCGAAAUUUGAAAUCAGUGUAAUUCAAGAUUGCUCAUUUUGUUCUAGCUAAUUAGUCUUGCAUCCCUUUUGAAGGUUUUUUUUUCCUUUUUUUUUUGGCUUGGAGAAUGGUUUAUAUGGGGAAAAGUUUCGUUUUCAACGCGUCUUUUUACAGCCUGUGGGUAAAUCUGCAUGUUCUAAAGUCGUAUUCUACCAAAAAACCUUUUAAUGAUUUACCAUACAUCCUUAAUAUAUUGACUGGAUACCAUUGUCGCCAGAAUCAAGUAUCAAACUUUUCAAUUCUAAUAUUCUUUUUAUCCUUAAGAAAUUGAUUUACCUUCGUCGGUUAAAAAUUCCAGUUAAGACUAUUUGAAGACGAGAUUCAAGCAAAAUUUCUACCACCACAGGAACGAUCAAUAGGCCAAAGUCUCUAAAAUAUUUCAGACAAAUGAUUUAAUCAAUGAUUAGAAGUCAUUGAGCCCUAGCCAGACCCGAAAGCUUCUCAGCCAUAUUGCUUUUAGUAUUUUGUUUUUACGAUAAGAUCUUAGGAACACUGUGAUAUUCCGAUAUCUCGCCAAUGUUUACCAAACUCGUAGUACCCCCAUGUAGGUACCAUGCUGCCUAAUUGAUUGCUCAUGAUUGCCGAGGAACACGUAUCUUUGGCUGUAAAAAUUCUUUUCGUUUUCCGAGGACAAAUUAGCGAAAAUUGACUGUUAGCAACCGUUUAUGGUUUUGCUUUUAGAAGGAAAAAGAGAGAAAAAGUUGUACAUCUUUUUCGCUUCAUUUUUCGCAAGAGUUAUCAACUACUAAAAAGAUAAUUUGGUUUUAGAAGAUGAAAUAACAGUUUCGUUGACCGUUGGCGACGGACACCUAAAACUAUGUAUAUUUUAACUUCCACGAAUAACUAACAAAAAGAAAGAAAAUUCUCGUUUUCAUUCUCCAUGACUUGGCUGAAAUUCCUUAAUGCAGGCUUUAUUUCCUUGAAGGUAAGCUUUUUAAGCUAAUCGUCUUAAAAGGUCUUGCUAAAUAUAGCAUAUCCCAUGAACACUUCCCUUUAAUUUCGAAACUUUAUUUUCUCGGGAAAAGUUCAAGUUUGAUGCACCCUAAAAAUGUUGAUAGCUGCUGUGUGAAAGGAAGCGAUUAUUGAAGCUAACUAUGCCAGUCACUUUCUUUAUUUUUUCAUCUUGUAAACAUUGCGAAUUAAGACAAUUAGUUCUGAUUUGAUAGCGGUAGAGGCCACUCAACAGGAAUCUGGCGGAGCACUUUAAGCCUCAUAAACCGGAUCAGAGUUUGCGUUUUUUGGCAAAAAGAAUCAAAUACUACAAAGAAAGAGGGGCUGUCUUGCCGCGAUUAUAUCGCUUUUCGUUUGUGUAUUUAUGUUGGAACCGGACAUGCAAAGCGACAAUUAAAUCUUGUCACGUUCUUUCAGGGUCAAAAAUUUCCUUUGACUAAAAUCAACAUUCCGCCGGCCUUGCUUGGAGGACUGCAUUACAAUAUCGAGUAAAGUAUACUUCACACAAGCAUCUUUUAAAUGCUAUUAAAAACUAGUGCGGUUUUGCGGUUUGCCCUGACCUUCUAAGGCCGAGGCAAUUUUAAACGGAAAAUUUUGAGCAUCAAUACAAGUCUUCCUUUCAAAUGCUCAAAACAUUAGAAAGCUUCCAAUAUUACCCCAUGAAAUGUAUUUGAAAAGCCCUUUGAAAGCCACUUCCUGGGUGAAGUCUUAACUUUUAAUUAACACGUGAUAACAACUAUAUCAUAAUAUCAAAGUGUAUUCGCUCUUAGACAGACACCUUUAAGUCAUCUCUCCUGGAAUACUGUCACAAGACCUUUUUUCCUAUUCUUACAAACUAACUUUGGCAAGAUUUUGCACGGAAUCCGUAGAUUACAGCAAAUCUAAAUUUUUUUCCAGAAUUGUGACUGCGAAUAAAAACUACUUUGUCAACUACAUUAUGCCUGCAUGCAGUGAAGCAACCUGUAUUUUGAAAUGAUACAACGUUUUUGUUAGCCAGCUGGUGUUUUCUGUCAAGAAAAAUCUUGUUUUGACAUUGAAAGGAAUGACAGACCACAGAAAUUGUAAAUAGCUUGUUGGAUGCGGUAUGACAUGCUGCAAAUCAUUCAAAAGUUAUGAACAGGAGCAAAUUCACUAUCACUUUUUCCAUAAGAUGAUAAAAAUUGUCUGAAAAACUAAUUCGAUACUUUCUUUUUGUGCCAUGUUCUUUUUGGGUUGGAAAUUAAGAAAGAUAAAUUUGAGAAGACUUUCAACUGAAACAUAUCAAGUGGAAGCUGACACAUAAUCUCAUAAUCGCAAACGGGCACCUCCGCUCGACUGCCUUCACUGAAAUCUCAUUUGAACACUCGCAUUUCAACGCUGCAUUUCACAUUCUUGUCAGCAAGACUAUGAUGCAGUGACCAGGAAUUAAAACUUUCAUAGCCCACCCUUUUGCAGGUGGUCCGUUAGUAUUUGGGAAGCAAACUCUCCCUAAAAGUUAUUUCGAUCCACGCUACGAUCACUGACUCACCCGUUUACUAACUCAGCACCUGGAAAAGACGAUUGCGAGUGUAUAACCGAACCCAACCACAAGGCGUUGCUUCUCUUGAUUGAUUACAAUUCCUUCUAAGAAUGCAUCAAUGAAAAUGAAUUAAUUUGAUCUAUAUACUCCUCCAUCAGAACAAUGUACUCAGAAAUCAGACAUCGUAUUUGUGGUGGACUCUUCGGGGAGCAUCUCCAGACGAAACUUUAAAAGAGAGAAGCUAUUCGUUGAAGAAGUCGCCUCAACCUUCAAGAUGGGCCCCGACCAAUCACAAAUCGCCGUUAUCUCAUACAGCGAGAGCGCUCAAGUCGACAUCAAAUUCGGGGAAUAUACCAACGUUAACGAUUUCACCGCUGCAUUGGGCGCAGUGAAACAUCAACGAAAAAGAACACGCAUCGACUUAGCACUUAAACUUGCUGCCGAAAAAGUCUUCACCGCCGAGGGUGGAGCGCGUCCUAACGUCACCAAGGUGAUGGUCAUUUUGACAGACGGACAACAAACUGAGACGAACGAUAGUACACCGCUGGACGAGGCUGUACGGCCGCUUUUGGACAUGAACGUGACCAUUUUUGCUGUCGGUGUUGGGAGCGCUAUCGAUAUUACCGAGUUAUUAGAGUUGGUGGGUUACAAGGAUGAGAAUUUGUUCAGGGCGGAAAAUUUUGAUCAACUGGCAAGAGACAGUGUAAAGGUUGCUACUCAAACAUGUAAACAACUACAGCCAGGUAAAAUUGCUUAUAUCUUUUUUAUUGACAUAAAGCCCAUUGCUAAACUUCACAAUAUGAACGCCGGCGAGAAGAUAAACCCCAAGUUGCUUGCUUCUCGAGAUUCUUUUAUAUUCCCCUUCACUUUUCUCUACUCGUUCCCUGUGGUAUUAACACGGAGAAUCUGUUAAACAAUCAAGAGCUACUUAAGUUAGUGAUUAUAUCCUUUAUUCUCAUGAGUGACCAAGAAAGAAUUUCUCCUUACGAUAUAAAUACAAUAUCAACAAGAUAAGUGAUGAGAAUAAAGAACAAUAUCAAUUUGAGAAUAAUUAUUUGAUCUAAUACUAAAUUCUCUGAACUAACAUUAAAAGAAUUGUAUGGUUGACGGUAAAGAGAAUUACAAAUUCGAUCUGGGAGUGAAAGGGUUAAAGGGUUAAAGGGAACCGUGCUCCGAAAGCUAAUAGACUGUUAUCUCCCCCACUGGUCCAUAUGAUUGUUUCGUUAAAAAUGAACGAGAAUCACGUGAUUUAGAACAUUGAUUGACAGUUAAGCUUUGCACUUUACAUCAUAUUUCAGUCAGGAAAAUCAAUUUCAAAAGGAAAGGUCUAGUGUAAUUUGCUAACCCUAAACAGCCUUUAAGCUAACCUGUAGCCAGCGGCACGCCACAGAAAUCGAAUAAUUGCAGUAUCGUCUCAAUAAACAACAAUCAAAUUAUACGAUUUGUGGUGGAUCAGUUCAUCGGCAAUACUUUCUCUGCGGAACAAUGAUAAUAAUCUUAAAAUAUCAUCGCAUUUCCUUAUUCUGCCUAGAUCUCACGGCUACUGAAAAAAAGUGCAUCUUAAGUCAUUUUAAAUCAGCAAUUCGACAGAGAUCCCUAAUUAUGUAGCACUUACCCUUCCAAAGAGGGAGGAAAUAUUUCUCUGAGUUACUUCUGGUUAUCAUUAGGGAUAUAACUUAAUAUAAUCAGAAGCGUUGCAUCGAGAAAUCGGGUUAUUAAUUUUUAUGAUAUCGAUAACGCUCUUCGAAUCAUUUGCGUUUCAGUUCAUGGUAACUGGUCUGCCUGGGCAGAAUGGAGUGACUGUUCUGCUUCUUGUGGAGGAGGGAUCCAGGGACGUCGACGUUACUGUAUAAAUCCACCGCCCAAAAAUGGCGGCCGAGAUUGCUCUGGCAAAGGAUACGAUGUUCAGAGAUGUAAUACGCAAGGUUGUCCAGGUAAAGUGCCAAAUAGUUGAUGUUUAUUAAGCUUCUCUUCCGGAAACAACCAGAGUAGUGGGAGACGUAGAGAUCAUGAAAUAUAUCUGGACUGGACUAGACUGCACUGGACACCGGAUCGAAAGUUCCGGUUUCGAUCUUUGAGAAAGACUCUCGAUUCUUACAAAACGAAACGUUUUUUAUUUUAUUUCUAUCGUCCGUUUUUAUUGAUUUAAAAUCACGAUGUAGAGGUUUAAUACGGGUGACAGUGGAACACCGUUCGUGUUAUUAAAAAAGUCGCAAGAGUUUGAGUUCUCGUGAGUAUACUCUAAGGUUGUAGUUUGUUGAUAAAAAGAGAACAGAAUGGGAAUACAAAAUUAACUAGGAAUGGAGAAGAGGAAGUGACCGCUAAAUCAAAAGAAGCCCAAAAGUUAUCUUUAGCUAGGGCUUCGAAAUACCAGAAGUGAAAUCAUGAAGCGCCCCUGCACGAAUAUAUCUGAGGAUAGGAUUAAAACGAAUUUAGAUCCUGCUCAUUUGAUUUGGUUCAUGGUUCACUGACAUCUCAUCUGGAAAUCUACUACAGUAAACGGAUCCUGGACUGAGUGGAGUGACUGGGGUUCCUGUAGUCUUACCUGUGGUGAUGGCGGAAUCAAGAAACGUAUUAGAACUUGCACCAACCCUCCCCCGGCCAACGGUGGAUUGGAGUGUGAGGGAGCUGGGGAGGAGACAGAAGCAUGCAAAGCUGGAGAGUGUCCAGGUAUGUAGAAUAUCCGUUUACACAUUUUUGGGAAACGUUUAAGCCUUUGACUACUUAUAUCAAAAAGUCGAUUCUCUGUACUGUUUGUCAUGCAUUUCAUAUUGUUUUAGCUCCAAGAAUUUGCUGUUUAAUUGAACAGUAAACCAUGACUACAAUUUUUCUUUCUUCCUUUUACAUGUUUUAAAAAUGUUGUAAUAUUACUCUUAGUAAAUCUAAAGUAAUAAAAGUUAAACAGCGUAUAUCCUCAGCAAUUUUCUAAACAACUUCCUAUCAGAAAAAUGGCAACAGAUUGUCGCUAUGUGAAGAGUGAAAGUUCCAGUGUUUCAAAAAACAAUAUGACGCUUUUCGACAGAGAAUCCAAAAAUCAAAUCGAGGGUCAUCAUAAUAGCCAAUCAGGACAAAGGAAAUAAACAGUAGCCAAUGAGAACUCGGAGAAAAAAUUAAGCAAACAGACCGAGGCGCUGGAAUUCAAAUUGAGUUAAGUUUUGAAUAUGAGUGAUUGAGAUGAUGGCACGACCUUCCUGGACAAAUCACAAAGCGUGGCAAACAACACUAAAUAAAAAAAUUUUUCUCUGUCAAGCGUUUCUCAAUAGAACUUGCGAUGACUCCGACAAAAACCGUUUAAUAGAAGAAAUGUCAUCUAAUUUUCUUUAUAGUGGAUGGAAAAUGGGGCGAAUGGAGUGACUGGGGUGUUUGCUCGAGGUCAUGUGGAACCGGAAUUCAAUCACGCUUUCGAGACUGCGAUAAUCCACCACCAGCACACGGAGGAAAGCAGUGUCCAGGGUCCAGCAAAGGAGACGCGCAACUGCAGCACAAAUAACUGUCCAGGUACAAAAUUGACUAAGGUCAAAGGAGUUACGUUAUAAAGACAGUUUAUACAUUUCGAUUAAGUAUCGCAAAACCUAAGUACUCACAACAGCCAAUCAUGGCAGAGGAUGGAAUCACAAGGAGUCAAUCAAAACAUAGUAACAAAUAAACUGCCUGAAGCGCGAGAAAAGGCGAAUGACUACCAGUUCUUUCAGUUUUGAAUCUGAUUGAUUAAGGACGUGGUAGUAGGUUUCUGGAUCAAUUUACAUAUCGAAAAAUGCAAAACCGAGGCAAUACCAAGUUUAUUCCGACAACCAGCGGAAAAUUUCUCUAACGGAAGGAAACAUUGAAAUAUUUAAGAGACCUUGUUGUUACAGAGAGACUUCAAGAAAGUAGGAACAGAUCAAAGAUACGAGAAUGGCUAAGAAUGUCCAAGAUUAACACAUAUUUCAAAUUAAGAACUUAAAAAUUAUCUUAUAACAACGAUACAAAUCCUUUUAAGUUUAAAACAGCCCGAACGGUAUUUAAAAACCUCACUUAGAAGUGGAGUUUAAAUUAUAUUUGGCAGCAGCGCAUCUUUUCAUCCAUUUACCGCAAAUUGGAAACCACCUCAUAAAACACUUAAGAGUCCCGCAUAAAGAAAAUUUCAUUUCUCUUUGUUUGAUCGGUCGUUAACUAUGGUUUCAUAAUGAUGAUUAGAGUCAUGAUAUAAAACAUACACCUGUUUGAAAUCGUCAAACCAAAAAGGAAGUAUGACCAGGUUCAAAAUUUGAUAAUCUUUUUUAAUCUCUAGUGGACGGUGGGUGGACUGUCUGGGAUCAAUGGGGCAGGUGUUCGAAAUCUUGUGGCGGUGGGUCACAAACCAGCUCUCGCACGUGCACAAAUCCUCCCCCGGCACAUGGCGGUAAAGAAUGCAGCGGAGAAAGUGAACGGUCACGUGAAUGUAACACGCAGCCCUGUCCAAGUAAGAUAAUAACAUUAAUUAUCACAUAAACUGCGGUGUUAUACACGGAUUUCUGGCCCUGAGAAAAGCCGUAACAACACACGUAAAAAAAAAUAUCGUAUUUUUUCACGUGUGUUGAUAUAGCCCAUCAGCUGCUUAUACGUCACUCGCCUUUGGCGCCACUCGGUCUGGUUGAUGAAUGAACGGCAAAGCCUUCACGAUUCUCAAUGCAAGUUGUUUGUCGGAGUUUUCUCCAAUUAUGGCGGCUAAAACACUAAAAAAUCCGUAUCGCUGGCAGACAAUGAGGUUCAAACUUUCUUAGAAAGGGAAGAAAACCAAUGUACUAAAAGAAAAACCGAAAGUUGCGUAUUCAGUGGCUUCGGUGUUAGCAUUUCUCUCGUCUGAGAAUGAAAAUCGACAACUGGAAGAUUUGCCGAUUUUGGCCGUUUACUUAAGCUUGAAAGAAUUCUUCUGUCGGUAAGGACAAAUUUAAUAAAUGAGAAUUUUGUAAAUUGAAAAUUACGACCAUUGUUGUUUUUGUAAUCAUGAUUCAACGCAUUUUUCCAUCUAAAGAGUCAGCGCUAACGCACUCUACGAUUAUUAUUCGAGGAUUGCCGAUUCAUUUAUUUUCAUUCAUUAAUGAAGUCGGCUUUUCUUCCCAAUAAAGGGCUAUUGUGUUUAUAUGAUAAACAAAAUAAUACAUGGUUGCUUGUAGAUAUGAAAUUUCUCUUCUCGUGUUCAACUCGAUGAGAAAUUCCAUAUCUACGCGCGCCCAUGUAUUAUUCUCUAUUUAUUGUUUGACUGGCUCCAGGAAGAAAAUUUGUGAUUCCUUUACUUUAAUGAAUCUUUGUAAUUUCUAGUCGACGGUAGAUGGAGCGAGUGGAAUCAAUGGGGCACUUGUUCUAAAUCUUGUGGCGGUGGAACACAGAACAGCUCUCGCACGUGCAUAAAUCCUCCUCCAGCACAUGGUGGAAAAAAUUGCAGCGGAGAAAGUGAACGAACUCGUGAAUGCAAUACGCAGCCCUGUCCAAGUAAGAGCAACGAUUCUUCUUAAAUACACUAUUCCUUCACAUCAAUCGUUAAUCGAUUACUGGAGGCUCAAGACUAAACCUCAAGAAAAGUCUUUUUGUCGCGUCCACUAUAUCAAGUCUUUCAAGAUAAAUGUAGGGCAACAUCAGUAAUCCUGAUAAGAACGAAUCAUGCUCUAAACAAUUCAACCUUCUGUAAAUAGUCUUAAGAGACUUCCUUUGGUAAAUGCAAACGCACAUCAGUGAAUUUCAUCGGUCCCUCGGCAAUCUAAUAUGAGUGAAGCUCGAGUUAUCAGUGGAAGGGAACCUGACCAUUAAUAAGGCUCAUCCGCAUGUCCUAUUAAAACGUUAAGCUGUUAAAUAGUUUUUACGGGUGAGCUGAACUGGCAAAAAAAAUACUUUUAAGUAAAUAAGUACUUUUAAAAAAGCACAACCCAGCCUUGUGAAUGAGUUGAGAAGGUGGAACAAUUUGUUUUUCUCUAAAGGAAUUCUUAGAUAUGGAAAUUUAGCACCAAAACUUCUCUUAACGAAUGUUAGUUUUUUAGGUUCGUCAUAGAUUUCCCUAAAAUCACUUUUGACAUGGUAAUUGAUUUUAAUCAAGAGAGAAGAAGCUUUCUGUUACUAUCCUAGUUGUUACUGAUCCUAUGCACAUAGAAUCUGAACAUGAUAGUGUUUCCUUCACAGUUGAUGGUAGUUGGAGUGAUUGGAGAGAGUGGGGUCCUUGUACAAAAUCCUGUGGUGGUGGAGAACAGAGGAGAACACGAAGUUGCACCAAUCCAUCACCUGCAUUUGGUGGCAGAAACUGUAUUGGAGAACGACAACAGACACAAACCUGCAAUCAGAAUGUGUGUCCAGGUGAGCUAUUUCUUCUUCAGCUAAAUCUAAUUCUGCUGCUCGGUUACCUUGGCUAUGACUUCUGCAAGUAGUUCAACACUGCACUACACUACCAUUUCCUUUUUUUUGAAGACACCUGUUGUAAGUCAACGGAUAACUUUGUCAGCUAUUUUUUCUCGCAAAGAUAAGGAUCAAUGUCAGUAUCUAAGGCACAACACACCUACCCCUCCCCUAACACAACCUUAACCUUAACUUGUCAUCACUUGACUGCUUUUGGCUCAGGGAGGGUAAGGUAUGGAGUUGCUGAGUUACUGACUUUCAAGAGGUAAAUAAGCAAAGAAAGGAUCAAUGUCAGUAUCUGAGGCACUCUACACCUACCCUAACACAACCUCAACCUUAACUUGUUAUCACUCAACUGUUUUUGGCUUAGGGAGGGGAAGGUAUGCAGUUGCUGAGUUACUGAUUUUCAAGAGGUAAAUAAGCAAAGAAAUUGAGAUAAAGUUUUAAUUUUUAUCUACUACCAUUCUAGUGGACGGUCAGUGGAGCCGCUGGACGGACUGGACUAUCUGUUCCAGGACAUGUGGAAUUGGACUCAAGAAACGCUCUCGAACUUGUACAGAACCAGCACCUGCUCACGGAGGCAAGGGUUGUGAGGGAUCAGCGGAUGAAACACGGGAAUGUAGCGAGAGAAUUUGUCCAGGUUAGCGUGUGAUCCAUUCUUCAGCGAAAUAAUAAAACCUUUCCUUCCAGGAUUUGGAAACCAACGUCGGUUUCUGUCGAGAGUUUUAAUUUUCAUGAAGGGCUUUCCAGGAUUAAUGGUGGUUUUAUCAAAUUUCUUGCACAGUUGACGGUGGAUGGAGUGAAUGGAAGGGCUGGACGCUAUGUUCAGCUUCAUGUGGUAACGGAACUCAAGAACGUGAACGCUCGUGCACAGAACCACGCCCAGAAUUUGGUGGGAAAGAUUGUGAUGGUAUCAGUCGGGAAACCAAGACAUGUCAAACAAUACCAUGCCCAGGUUAGUUUGUUAUUUUAAUGGAUUCAUCGAGUAAGAUCCACUUGUACGAAUGGAGUCACAAACUCCUUUCUAGUAAUAAAAACUUCUAUCAAGUUCGGAACAUCAGACAUAAUGUUUCUUUUUAACAGUGCAUGGUCAGUGGAGUGAGUGGAAGGAAUGGACAUCCUGUUCAAAGACUUGUGGCACUGGAACACAGGAAAGGGAACGUUCGUGUACCAAUCCGCCCCCAGCGUUUGGUGGGGAGGAUUGCGUCGGCUUGGGAAGGCAAAUCAAAUCAUGCCAGGAAGAAACUUGUGCAGGUAAAAGAAAUCAAAUUGCUCUAUACAUAUUGAUUCAAAAGCAAUCUAGGUGAACAAUUUCAACAAAUUCAUGCCUCUCACCUUGAAGUUAUUUUCUCUUUUUUAUUCCCCAGUUCACGGAGGCUGGAGUCCCUGGAAGGACUGGGGCCCUUGUACCAAAACAUGUGGAUCUGGACAACAAACAAGAGAGCGAAAAUGUGAUAGCCCCAGGCCAGAACAUGGAGGAAGACCGUGUGAGGGGUCUGGAGAACAAGCGCGAGUGUGCAACACCAGGCAAUGUCCAAGUAAGAUUCUCACCGUUGCUUCACCGUUGCUUAACCAUUUUCCUGUAUUUUAAAAAUACAUGUGGGAGACUGGUAGCCCAGCGGUUAGUGAGCAAACUCCGGGCUGAGAGGUGUGGUUUUAAGCCCUAACGUAGUCACCGUGUUGUGUGUUUAGACCCAGAGGUAUGGCUGAGGUGCCGGCGAAAUGUUAGGGAAACCUAGCGAAACGUAGGGUGGAGGGGAGGGGAGGGGAGGGGUGAAGGGGAAGAAUGGGGCUGCCUGCAAUGGAUAAGUAUUCCAACCAGAAGAAAUAAUAAUACUACUAGUCGCUUUGAGGUACAAAAAUCAGAAUAAGCUCCAACGACUUGGCUCGAUUGUAAACUUUAUUUUACUUUAUUUAGAGUUAUACUGCUUCUUAUCUACCAUCAAUGUUUCUAUCAAUGAAAGAAAACUUUACGUUAACCGAAUGACGCCAAGUAAGUUUAACCUUUUGGUUUUUGUACACAGUUGAUGGACAGUGGAGUGAAUGGAAACCUUGGACAGAAUGCACAAGAACUUGCGGCGGAGGAGUUCAGACGCGUGCCCGCACGUGCACUCAACCCAGUCCCGCGUAUGGGGGAAAAGAUUGCGAAGGUCGUAUAGACGAGACUAGACCUUGUGGCACUGACGCAUGUCCAG